CAGAAGGACAAAGACACAGUUUUAGAUUUCACCAGUCACUUCACAAGUUUUUAUGCCAUUUUUCUUGAUAUUGAUUUUGAGCACCUCGCUGAAGGGUAAUUUUAUUUAAUUUUUUUGUUGCUGUUGUAUUGUGUAAUGCAAACCUGCACAAGUAGCUUAGAUACAAUAUGUAAGAUGUUAUUUAAAAAUAUAAAAAUAAAGCAAGUUACUUUAAAUGCACUGCUAUAUGAUGCCAGGAAUACCUUUUACUCAUGACAAACUGUUGUGAACAAAAUUGUCCACAGCCUCUACAAUCAAAGUCCACUUUUAACUGAACACCCAGAGUCCAUGCUACAACACCUUGGUCAGGUUGCUCAAAAAUGUAGCGAGGACAUCAUUAAAGAUUUCAAUGUGGAAAGCCUAGACUUGAUGGCAGCAAUUUUGAAGUGCCUUGUCAUUAUAUGCAGGUAAUUUAUAACUUGCCAUCUUUUGGGGAUAAAACUCAUUUAAUUUUGUUAAGUUUCAUUUUCAAGACAUAGUGUUGGAAUAGUGGUGACCCCAUGUCAAGUUGAUCACUGAUUGGCCUCUUUGGUGGUUAAAGCUUUUAGCUCUUGAGUUUUCCUCCUCCCCAAGAAUAUCUAAGUCCAUUUCCCUCGGUUAUUUGCCCACUGGCAACUCUUUACCUCCAGGCUAUGAGGCAGGAGUGCCAUAUUUGCAUCACAAGAGCAGUAUUUUCUGCUUGUGCAUUUCCUAACUUACCCGCCGCAGAGCGGUCAAGAUGAUACAAACAAAUAUAACAUAUUUUUUAAUAAUGUUUUCAGAAAUUAUGAUAAUGUGUUGUUGGUAGCAUCCUGUGAUUUUGUCAAGCAAGCCAUAACAAUUGCUCAGGCUGUGCUUUCCAAAGUAAGUUACUUCUUGUUUUGGUUUUCCAUUUCUUUUUCCCAUGGCUAACUUCAAACUGCGUUACUUUUUUAAUGCGGUGGCUUUGCAAUAUAUAUUUAUUUUCCUAGGGGUGCAGCAUGCGUUGCGACAACGACCCACAUGCAGGGCAGGAAUUAUAUUCCUAAAGUUUGACAUUACUGAGGUCACAGAAACCCUGCAUUCCAUUCAUUUUCUCUCCUGUAGCUGUUUUUCAAAACAGUUCUCAUUGGAUACAAAAAAAAUUUAUUUAUCCCUACCUACAUUAUUGGCUGUGGCUGUUGUGGAUAAAAAAAACAUCUUUAAAGUCAUUUUACAAUAACAGAUUAUUACUGUCUGGGAACAAAUCCACAUAAAAUGUAUAUACUUGGUGUGUUUGUGUUUAAAUUGACCGUCUUCAAUUAUUCUGUGUACAAAAUAUUUGUCCAUUCGUCAAGGUUCUCUAAAUUUCAGCUGUACAAGCAGACAGAGCAAAGUUCAGAGCCAGAUUUCACAGCAGAGAAGGUGGUUGACUUUGUCAAGCUGGUUCUUCAUUUCUUGGAGUGUUUAUAUGACCACUAUUUUGUUUGGAGGAAAAGAUUGAAAGGGUAACGAAAUGUCCAUUUUUAACAACCAAUUGGUGGGUAGGUAUGGAAAGGGGAUCACAGAGAAGGUGGUUGACUUGGUCAAGCUGGUUCUUCAUUUCUUGGAGUGUUUAUAUGACCACUAUUUUGUUUGGAGGAAAAGAUUGAAAGGGUAACGAAAUGUCCAUUUUUAACAACCAAUUGGUAGGUAGGUAUGGAAAGGGGAUCACAGAGAAGGUGGUUGACUUGGUCAAGCUGGUUCUUCAUUUCUUGGAGUGUUUAUAUGACCACUAUUUGGUUUGGAGGAAAAGAUUGAAAGGGUAACGAAAUGUCCAUUUUUAACAACCAAUUGGUAGGUAGGUAUGGAAAGGGGAUCGUGAACUUUUGAACUUGCAGGCAAGCAGAUCAUGAGGAAAAUACCUAUGUGAAAGCUUAUCUGGAGCUCAAAGCAUGAGUUUGUGACAGUACAUUUUAAGUUUGUGCAAUGCGGUUGAAAAGUGUAUUUUGUACAUAUAAAAGGAAUUUACAUACUAAAACAUAUAUUUAGUUUUCUAUAAAAGUAAUGAAAUUAAAAUUAAUCCCACUUUUUAAAAAAAACUAUGAACUUGUUUUUCAUAUCUAAUUUUUCGUUUGUUGUCCUGAUAGGUAGUUUAAAAAAAAAUAUUCAAAUUUAUAAUGAAACAAACCAUCAUCAAGAGAUUUUACCUUUUUUUUUUCACCCCAGAUGGCUUGUUGAUGUGGAACAGUUGUUGUCAAAGCCAGCUUUAGUGCAUAAUGAAGUCAUUCCAUUUUUCCAUGGUAGGUGUGAGUGUGGCCAUUUCAAUUUUCCUUUUUCUAGCAGUUUAUUUGUUAAUAAUUACCGCUUUCAACAUUAUUGUAAAAUGUAUUUUAAGCAGAUUAUUUAACUUUUAAUUAUAAGGGAGGGGCUUGGUGUGGUGUUGAUAUUUCUUCUUCUUCUAUAUCUUAAGGGCCCACGAUCAAUUUAUUGAUCAUUUUGGCUCCUAUGCAUGUAGAUGGGAUUUGCAAUGUUUCUGUUCCUGGUGUUGAUGAGGAAAUUUCACUGAUUUCCAGUGCCACUUUGUGAGGGAAUCAUGCACUUGGGGUUUGAAGGCUUGAGGCAAUAGACGCAAAUGUGUGUCUAUUGUUGUCCCUCAACCGUUCCUUUUGAAAGAUUGUUCCAGUCCCUGAUUGUCUUGGGCAGGAAUGAGCAGCUUCUAUACUUCUUGCUUGGUAUGAGCCUGAAUUGCCUGUCAUGGCCUCGUCGCUGUCUAUGGGGGAGAGGGACAAGUUUCUUUUUAAUACUGGAACAGUGGACCAGCCCAUUAUUUAUCUUGUACAUCAUAGAGAGCCUGGAUUGUCGUCGUUGUUCCUCCAAUGGUGACCAGCCUAGUGUUUCCAGCAUGCUGCCAACACUAGAGGUAUUCCUGUAGCGGUUUAGGACAAAGCGUGCUGCUCGUGGCUGGACCGCCUCCAACCUGUCAAUGCUCUUCUGGGUAAAUGGGUCCCAGACUGAAGAUGCAUAAUCUAAAAUGGGACGGACAAAGGCUUUAUAUGCUCUUUCUUUCACACAGGAGUUGCCAAUCUUUAGAUUUCGCCUUAAGAACCCUAGGGUCUUGUUUGCUUGGUUACAUACAUUGUUAAUAUGUUCGUCCCAGCGGACCUCUCUUUAAUGGUAACACCCAGGUACUUUACGGAGGAAACUGGCUCAAGUAUAUGGCCCUGCAGUUCGUAUUGGUAGUGUAGAGGAGUACAACUUCUAGAGACUGAUAGUGUCUGGCACUUGGGAGGGAGAAAUUCCAUUUAUCGUUACUUGAAAAGGGGACAAAAACUCAAAUAAUGGUUUCCUGUUUUUAUCAUUUCCCUCAUGACCCAAAAUUGUGAAAAACAGACCUGUUUACCCUCAAACUCUUAAAAACAUACAAUAUCACAAAAUUGUUCAAUACCUUAUAUUUAUAGUAAAAAAUAAACAUACAGUAUAUAUAUUGUAUACACCUCAAAAUCAUACAAUGUAUGCCAAAAUCGUAAGAGUAAACAGGUCUGGAAUAAUUUUGAAAUGGUUUGCUAACAUGCAAGUCUGAACGUAUGAGGAUUGAAAAAAAAAAGGUCAAAAUAAUUUUUUUGUACGGCUGUUUAUUUUUUUUUCAGAAUGUUUUCAAAAACCUCGUCUUUCACAUGAAUUACAGCUGAGACUCCUGCAUAUGUUUGGUGCAGUAAUGUCUGGUUCUCAGGUACUGAAGGGUCUUUAAAAUAAGCCUCUUCAUGUUUAUUAAAAAAAAAAAUUGGAUGUUCUAUAAGAUGCAAAAUAAUGGAUGAUACUUAUACUUGUCAUUUCAUUAAAAGUCUUGAGAUUUUGACUUCAUUUAAAUAUGAUAAGUGACUUUGACUUUGACUUCAUUUAAAUAUGAUAAGUAACUUUGAUUUUGACUUUGAUCAUAAAAAAUAUUUUCAGCUGGUGCAUAAAAUAAUGUUUUGUUUGAACAAUUAAAUAAAAAAUUUUACAAAUAUUUUGUCAAGUUAAUAAAGAAAAAAAAAAGAGUAAAAUUUCAAAUAUUUUAUUUCACAAUACCGGUAAUUUAUAUUUUAAAAAAAAAUUUCAGACCAAUGCAACACUUACGGUGACCCCAGCGACCCUUGAUGUUCUGCUGUCAUUGUUAUCAGGGAGAGCUGCUUGUUGUGCUAGGAUCAGUGACCGGGACAGGGUAGAAAUACAACGCAUCGUCCUACGCUGUGUUGUUAUCAUGAUUCACAAAAUUCACAGCUGCAGCCCGGAUGAGGUCAGUGCAUGGCAAAAGAUGCCAUUGACUGUUUUAUGCAAAAAUAAUUAGGGUGUUUCAAGAUUGCGCAAUGAGGAAUUGUUAUUUAAAAAAAUGUUAUUCAAAAGGGUUUAGGUUUCUUCUUCAGCUGUUUUGAAAAUGAAGUGAGUAUAAAUAAGUAGCUCAGAACUGGAGAGCAUUUGGAAAAGUCACAACAGAAGGUUUACUCAAUGGGUGUUCCUUCUUUUCUUGUCAUACAACUUGAUUCCAGUCUCCACCAUGGUACUCAUUUAAAAUGAAGUAACAUGAUUUAAUGCAGUUAAUAUGCAUCUCUUUUAAUUUUUUAAACCAAAAAGAGCAUCUCGCAUUGUUAAUCUGUUGUUUUACAACAAUUUGUUCAGAUUUUUAUUGCUGCUUUAACAUUAACAUUUUCUUUAACUGAAAAUCUGGGAAACAUUCCCAAUUUUCUCCAAACAUAGACAAUAUUGAUAUAUAGAACAAAAGAUCAUUUUAGAUUAACCUACAAAGAGUAAUUUAAAUUAUAAUUUUUUCAUAGGCACACACACACACACACAGCUUGGGUGUGGUGUAAAAAUAUGUUUGAAUUUCGUUCUUUACUUCUUACCUGUCAUCCCUUCAGAAAUUUUUCUGUAAUAAUUUUCUAUUUCAGUUACAAAUUGAACCUCGUUACUUGAAAAGGGGACAAAAACUCAAAUAAUGGUUUCCUGUUUUUAUCAUCUCAGCGCCAGGUUGAGGUUCCCGAGGUGUUUUCCAGCUACAUGCAAGUCAUGCUGGGGAUCAGCUCAAAAGUCCAUGAGCCGGAAAUACUUAUCUUAAUUGUUGGUGGGUCCUGCAACUGAAGGAGUCCGUGCUUUACAUUUAAUUUAUGAUUAUAUAGUUUUUAGUUUGAAGUAACUUUGACUUGUAGUUAAAUUAUGGACCUAUUAAUGGAAAGAGAGUCGGUGGAGCUCAAAAUGUUAAAAGUCCAGAAAUCUGUGUUAUAGAUAAAUGCAGAUUUAUCAAGACACGAGAGACUUGACAACAUACUUGGGCUGAAGAUUUCUUGAUGACCAUGCAGAAUACAACAAACAUUUAAAAAUGUAUUAUAAGAUAUGUGCAGGCAAUUAUUAUAUCGUUAAAAAAUUUUGAUGUAAUUAGAUAACAAAUUUAUAAAGUACGACAGGCAUCAGAUAAUGUUAACUAUAAUUAUCUUGAAACUGCUUGCCAUUGAAGGGUUGAUUUUCUGGGAAGAAAAACGGUCAACUAACAUUGGCGCAUUGGUGAAAUGGAGACUUAAACUGUUGCUGAAUUAACAUGAACAGAUGGUUACAUACUAGAUCAAAAGACUAGGUCGGUACCAAAUGAAUGAUUUUGUUCAUCCUUUGCACUUGAAGAUGACCAAGGAUAUUUUCGACUUGAGCAGUAGCCUUGACUUGAGCUAUUUGAAGUUAGGGAGAGUUGCUCAAUUCGUCAGCCUCUAUGUCUCGUCCUUGUCUAUUUGAUCCAAUGGCAAGACUUGUUCAAGGCGACAGGAAAUGGACCAGGAUGCAGUAGAUGAACAGCAUUUUGUGUGUGUGUUUCAAUGUGCUCUUAUGCCUUGUUUCAUCACAUGAGUUGUCAGAAUUAUCAUUGUGUCAAUGUCAUAACGGCUACGGGAUUCCAUCUCUGGGUUUGACUUCAGAGUUUACCUUCUCUUAGAUGAGUUGCCAUCCAAGGUAAACGAGUCCCAUCCACCCGGGGGGCUGCUGGUGAUGUUUUGGUUUGUCCUUACUACCUGAUGAGUGCAACUCUGAUUCUUGGCUGAUUUUAUUGUUGUUGUUCCUCUGACCAGAUGCGAUACGGGACAUGGUGAAUAGUCCUGACAAACUGGCACUUCAAACGCUGCUGCUGAGAGAUGAUUUGUUUGAGGCCCUGGCCCUCUUGAUAAAAAACCCUCAAGUAAGUAGCAGUAUUUAUAUCUAAAUUAAGUAAUAGUGUGAUUAUACUAAGACGUGACGGCGUUUGUUACUCAAGUAAGUAGUAAGCUACAGCGGUUACAUUUACUUUAGUGGUAAGAACUCAUGGGGCAUCUUGAGAUUUAACUCAACAGUGAAAGAAACAAUAUCCUGAUUUCUUUUUAAAAUUCUGUUUUUUUUAUGAGGGUAUGUGAAAAUUUAGGUUAGCUAGAGCUAAGGCAGAUUUCCCCCCCCCCCCCCCCCUUUUUUUUUUUUUUUUUUUUUUUAAAAUUUUUUUUUUAAACAUCCGGGCGUUUAUUGAUAAUAAAUUUAGUGGAAUGCCUGACAGCAACGCUUUUAAUUUGAGGACCAGGGAAAAGAAAAUGUAUUUUCAAAAAGAAAUUAAUACCUCGGGACAAUUUGAAUAACACAGUAAGGAGGGGGCUCUCCUCUGUUGUAUGUUUCAGUGAGAUUUUUAUUCUUUAUCGACAGCAUGACGAUUGAAUAGUUUUUAAACUAUUUUUUUUAUAAUAAUUUUUUUUCAUAAAUAAGGGCAUUUUAAGUAUUAGAAUUUAUAUUUUACAUUUAUGAUUAAUAAUUUAUAUUUUGAGGAAAAUUUUAUGAUAAAUUAUUACAUUUGUUGAGGUACUUAUUUUCAAUUUGGUUUAAAAAUUAUGUUCAUAGAAGAAUUCUCAAUAGGACUCAUAUUUUAUUUUUUGUUCCACAUGGUGCUGUCAUUAAAUCUUGUUGGCGAAAGUGGUGUAGCAAGUGUUAGUGCUGCCCGGGGCGGGCCAUGUUCUACACAAAAAAAAAGCCAAACAAUUCUGAAGUUUCUGAAAAUGCUGACCCUUUAAAUAAAGAAAAAAUAUCCGUCUGAGGACCCCCCCUCCCCCCCCUCGACCUUUCCUAUCUUCACCCAUUCAUAUGCAACUUAACUAGGGAUGAUGCAAAAUGACUGUAGCUGCAACAUGAUAUUUUUUUAUAAAGUCAGAUUUAAUGUGUUUUUCUGUACAUCAUCAGCUUGUGGUACAAUUUAAAACAAACAACACUAUUUUCUAGAGCUAACAGUAAAAUCCUUAUUCAUUUAUUUAUUUAGGCAUUUUUUAUAUAGCGCUUACCUUACAGCUCUAAGCGCUUUACAAUUAUUAAAAACAUGUAAACUAAGUAAAAUAAAAAUGAGACACUAGGAUAGUAACUACUAUACUAUAGAAACAAUUAAAAUGGCUAUAAAACGAGGACACUUUGGCACGUUUUGGCCUAUACUACAGGAUCAACCCGAGACAGAAAAUGAGGCAGGGCAAGGAGGGUGCAUCACAGGUCAUAGGCGGACCUAAACAGAUGGGUUUUAAGGGACUUUUUAAAAGUGGACGAGGUUUCACAAUGAUGGAUAUGGAAGGGGAGCUGGUUCCAGAACGUGGGCCCAUGGAAGUAGAAGGAGCGUUCACCGAUGGUCUUAAUUGACACAUUUGUACCUAUUCAGUAUCUUGGCCAGAUUUAUAAUGCAAUUUUUGCCAUUCCAGAAACAUCAAAUGAUCUUUUAGUGUGAUAGGAAGCCUUACCACUCUUAAAAUCAUUGAAGGAUUUCGCAUUCAUGAUGCUAAAGGAUGACAAACAUUACCUCCCCAUGAAUUUAUAGACGUACAAAAAUUAUCUAACAAAUUUGAACAUCUCAGAAACUGAUGAAUUUAAAUUAUAUACUCCUACCGAUACACAUGCUGUUAUGCAAGAAAUCACCACUGAAUGUUCUGAAAGGUUUACAGUCUAGUCAGUGCUUGGCCGUCAGAGUGGUCAUGUGGGUCCUGCAAACUGGCCGCAUAUAUUUCAGGGGCCCAGAGUUGUGAUGUGGAAAAAAAGAAGCUACAAUUUUGAUAGUGAAAAGUGGUAGGGGGCCUUUGAAAGACUCACAAUGGAUGUUUGUCCAUCUACAGUAAUUUCUUUUAGAAUUUUGCUGAAAAUUUGAUUCAGCCCUGCAACUAGAGAAAUAAUUUUGUUCUAAGGAAAAGUUGAUUUAAACAUGUGUAAGAGCUUAUUGGACUCGUCAAAGGCUCAAAUCUUUGGAGAUGAUAUCUAUUGAAAAUGAUGUUAACAGCCAACUAUUAUGGAGAUGACAUCAACAGUGAUUUUUCUUCUGCAACGUUCAGAAAUGUUUGUCGUAGAAUAGCAUUAGUUAUAGUUCCAGUUUAUUUAUUUAAAAUUUUAAAAAUGUAUAUUUAUUGCAUGCUGAAGGUCGGAAUUUUAUCUGGUUAGAGUUGCUCCUUUUCUGUUUUAGUUUAGAACAAGUUAGUUUUAAUUUUUCUACCUAAAAUCUAAAUAACAAUUAUGUUUUAUUGUUUGUAUGUGAUUGCCUGAAUAAGACGGUUAGGAAUAUAGGGCUCUAUUCUUCAGUCUUAUCCAGCAGCAAAUUUUAAAAAUUAUUAACAACGUCAACCUGAAAAUGACCAGGGGGAAGGGGGGGCCAAAAAUUUUGACCUGCCUUGAGCGCCAAAGUUGCCAAGGCCGGCUGGCCCGCCCUUUAUGGAAUAAGCAUUUAUUGUCACAACUUUCAAGAGUUGCUGAAACUUAACUGUGAUCCAAACUUGUAGUUUCAGGGUGAAGACGUUCAAAGACUUGCUUGUUCUGUGAUCAACACCUUGGCAGCGCUGCUGAGUGGCUCAACAAAGGCGAAGGUGAGGCGGAUGGUAUCCUUCCAUUAAGAGAAGGAAAUCUGAUUUUAUUCCAUGGGAAAAUCAAAAAAGUUUGAAAACACAGCACUGUGGAAGAUUCAUUUAAUUACUUUAACUUGCUAAGUCGUAUAUAGUUCAUGUCAGGAAUAGUGAAACCGUACCGUGUAUGAUACAAUAAAUAAAUUUUUAACUGCAGCCAUUAGUGAAAUUCCAUUGGUCCAUGAAAGAUAAAUCUUGGUACCUAAAAAACUAUGUCCUAGUCAAAUCAUGGUACCUGCAAAGCUGUGUCGCAGUCAAAUCAUAGUACCUACCAAGCUAUGUUGCAGUUGAAUCAUGGUGCCUAAUAAGCUAUGUCGCAGUCAAAUCAUGGUGCCUACUAAGCUAUGUUGCAGUCUAAUCAUGGUGCCUACCAAGCUAUGUCGCAGUCAAAUCAUGGUGCCUACUAAGCUAUGUUGCAGUCUAAUCAUGGUGCCUACCAAGCUAUGUCGCAGUCAAAUCAUGGUGCCUACUAAGCUAUGUUGCAGUCUAAUCAUGGUGCCUACCAAGCUAUGUCGCAGUCAAAUCAUGGUGCCUACUAAGCUAUGUUGCAGUCUAAUCAUGGUGCCUACUAAGCUAUGUUGCAGUCUAAUCAUGGUGCCUACUAAGCUAUGUUGCAGUCUAAUCAUGGUGCCUACCAAGCUAUGUCAUUUUCAAAUCAUGAUACCUACCAAGCUAUGUCAUUGUCGAAUCAUGGUACCUUCUCAGCUAUGUCAUUGUUAAAUCUGGGUGCCCACUAAGUUAUGUCACAGUCCAAACUUAAACCUUUCUAACUCUACUGUCCAUUUUGGAUUAUUCUGUUUCUUUUGUUGUUUUUUUAAUUUUUUUUUUUUUUUUUUUUUUUUUUUUUUUAUUUUUUUUUUUUUUUUUUUUUGUCUUUUUUGACAGAUCAUGUUUGAGAAGUGUGUGGGCCACAAUGAAUUUUUAGAAAUUUUACAGGGUUGUGGGCAACCCUCAAAGGAGCUUUUGCAAAGUCUGUUAAAUUUGGUGAGUUCACUUGGAACGCAGCUAGGUCUAUUAAAAGUGGAUGUUUUCAAAUAUCUUCAGUGGGUAAAAUUCAAAACCAACAUAAUUUGUAAAAACAUUGUGUUAUUUGCUUAAUAAAAAAAAAACAACCCAAUGAUAAAGUUUUAGCUUUUAGUGACAUUUGACCUCAUUUUUGACCGCAUUGUUGACCUCAUUGCCAGGUUGUUGAAACGCCCUACGAGACCAUGAAAACCACGGCUGUAAGAAACACACAAGCCACCGUGCUGCUGAUGAAGUGGCUGGUCAAGAUCGAGUCGCAUGACCUCCAGGUACUUUGUGUUUCAACUGUAUCUCAUUUUCCUCCAUGCAACCGUUGAUUUGUUUAUGUGCUCAUCUCGACUGAUCAUUUUAGGGAGGCACUGGGUAAAAAUUUGAACCCGUCACAAGUGUAUUUGUCCAAGUUAGAAGUACUGGGUCCCAUCUACAAGUGUAUUUGUCCAAGUCAGAAGUACUGGGUCCCAUCUACAAGUGUAUUUGUUUUGAAGUCAGAAGUACUGGGUCCCAUCGACCAAAAAUACUUUUCUACAAAACAAUUUUUUUUUAAAUUCUGAAGUCUUAACCUGUCAAGUUACAGCUGCCAGAAUAAAUCCAGAACAAUAUUUAAAAAUUCAACCAUUACAGAAUAAAACGAAAGUAGCCCAAUGACAGCGUAUGGUAUGUGUUCAAUAACAUAAACAUUAUGUGCUUCCAUUAUUAAAAUUGUGAUGUUGUGCAUUUAACGGCAGAGUUAUCCACGUUUGUUUCUGUCAGAUAUGGCUGAGCGAAGAGCUGAAGAAACUCUGCACAUCUAGUUAUGGUAACAGGAUGGCGUGUUGUAAGGGAAAGAUGGUUGGUGGGAUCAUCUCCUUGCUGGCACAGCACUCACAGCUGCAGCUGCAGACAGUUGGUAAGAGUGUGACUGUGUACACAUAGCUGUGGUAACAUAGCUACAGCCAUUUGAUAAUAAUAUUACUGUGUACACCUAUUCAUGUAACAUAGCUACAGACAGUUGGUAAGACUUUUUUUUUAAUUGUAAAUCUAGUUUUGAUAGCACACCUUCCUCCUAUCUCUAGUGGUGCUUUUCCCAUUGACUUAACAUUGUGUUUAAACAAAUUCCCAUCUCCCAAUUUUGCUAUGAAAUGCUAUAAUGAAUUACUAACCAUAAAUUACAAAAGGCUUUACCAAAGCACUCAGCAAUUACCUAAUAAAUAAUUGUCCCCUGAUUAAAUUGUCACAAGCCAAUUUGCUCAUCGGGGAAACCCUCAUUUGUGUUUUGCCAGGAAAUUUGAUCUUCCUGUUGGAAAGACUUGGUAAUCUGUCCAUAUCAGCCUCUGAGCUGAAAGGUCUCAUCAACCUCAUGAAGCCUGGAGAGGAUCAAAAACAGGUUUCUUUCUCAAGUUAUCAUAAGGGGGUUGGCCUGGAGUAAAGCUUGUUUCAAAGACUGUUGAACUUUGACCCAUUUUCUGACCCAUUUUGUCUUAUAUGGUUCUGAUAUCUCCUUCUCUUAUGUAUUUCUGACAUUUCCUUCUCUUAUGUAUUUCUGACAUUUCCUUCUCUUAUGUACUUCAGACAUUUCCUUCUCUUAUGUACUUCAGACAUUUCCUUCUCCAAUGUACUUCAGACAUUUCCUUCUCUUAUGUACUUCAGACAUUUCCUUCUCUUAUGUACUUCAGACAUUUCCUUCUCUUAUGUACUUCAGACGUUUCCUUCUCUUAUGUAUUUCUAACAUUUCCUUCUCUUAUGUACUUCAGACGUUUCCUUCUCUUAUGUACUUCAGACGUUUCCUUCUCUUAUAAAUUUCUGAGAUUUCCUUAUCUUAUGUAUAUCUUACAUUUCCUUAUCUUAUGUACUUCUGACAUUUAAUUCUCUUCUAUAUCUCUGACACUACUGGAAUAGUAAAUUUUUAUAUUUGUCAAGAUUUUUUUUACAUAGUAAACAUGGUAUAAAUUGAUCAUGGGGUCUUAAUAUAUAGAAGAAGGAGGAAGAAGAUGUUCCUUUUAUUUUAACAAGACAAUAUCUCCUUGAAUAUCUCCUUGAUUGAAGUGUUAUCAUCAACUCCUUGCAUAUCUCCUUGAUUGAAGUGUUAUCAUCCAUGUUUUCCAAUAUCAUUUCAAGCUCAAUUUUUGAUCGCCCACCUAAAAUUUUCAUUUCCGAAUGUCUUACCAUUUUGUUAUUUAAAAACAGUUCAACUGUUCUGUAAAAAAACUUCUGUCUCAUCAUCUGUAACAGAAAAACGAAAGGAAAAAAAAAAAACCUUUUAAAAAUAGCAUUAAUGUUUUACAACUCUCAGUAGCGUGUAUUGAAAUCUUUAGUUCUUGAACUUGACCACAGUAUCCUUUCACCACCCGCCUGAUGCGAGCAAUAUCAACCAUGGCCAGGAGAGAUGGCAUCUGUGGACCACUCCACUUCUUCGACAUACAGAACUUGUCAGAUGUAAGAAUUUUAUGUGUGCCCAGACUAGGUCAAAAGUUUCCAAAACAUGAAAUAGAUGUGAUGCUUUCAUUUUAACCCUUUGAACCUGAAAUCCCGCUUUAGCGGUGCGUGUGUUAAAAAAUCUAUAACCCAUCAGACAGAUAUUUCGGUCUCCCCUGCCUUAGCCUAGCUCAAGAGUCUGUAAUAUAAAAAUAUGUUGUAAAUACAGAAGUUAAAGUUUAACAUGCGACCUAUGAAAGGUCACAGUAAUGGCAUUGCCCUUGGAUUCAUUGUUUUUGUUGUGUCUGAGUAAUGUUUUUCUAUGUAGAGAGGUGAGGAAAAUGCACCAAAAAAAAAUGCUAUUCUAAAGGACUGAAAACACAUCAGGUUUUUUUAAAAUAAUUUAAACAAUUGAAAAGAUUAUUGUUGUGUUUUGAAACAAAGGAUAUUAAUAAAAGCAAUUAGAUAUUGAUAGUGAUCGCUGUGCUAGUGGUGGAACGUGUAGACACUGAUAGUGACGAUGAACGUGCUUAGUAGGGAAAUGUGUGCUUUGGGAGUUUAGGUUUAUCCCUAGUCCUUGCUUUGGUUUGUAUGAAAAUCAAGGGUGUGAGACUGGCUUCUGUGCCAUUCUACAGGGAUUAUAAAACAAUUUUCUCCGUGUGACACAUUUGAUAACUGUAAAGGUCUGUUAACAGACAAAUUUAGAUUUACAUAAAUACAUAAUCAUGGAAUUCUUUUCGCUUGUGUGUCUGUGAUAAUUUUACUUAGUAUCCCAGUGGCUUUGGUGUUGUAGGGCCAGUAGCCAAGGGUUCAAAGAGGUAUUUGGAGCUGAUUUGUUUUUGGCUGAGCUCCACUCUGGGAAAAAUUUUUGUCACUCCGCUCUAAGCUCGAGUUAAGGAGUUAUUAAAGGAAUGUUAAGGGGUGGUUAAAGGUGGGAGCUUAAAAGAAAUGUGUUUAUUUCUGUCCUUUACCCAUCUUUUUUACUAAACAUGUGAAAUGCAUGUACCAGCAACUUAGCUGAUAUAAGAGUGGGGCAUCAUAGCUGGUAUAACAAAGGGGCAACAUAGCUGUAGUAGAGUGGGGCAAGAUAGCUUUAGAAGAGUGGGGUACAACUUAUAAAAAUUUAAUAAAAAUUAAUUUAUUAUUAAUUGGAACAGUAUGAAAUUUUUACCUGCUCCAGGCAAAAAAGAUCCUUUUCCUGAGUUCUGCUCCAAAUCCCUGGUCCAGAGUUCUGCUCCAAAUCCCUGCUCCAGAGUUCUGCUCUAAAUCCCUGGUCCAGAGUUCUGCUCUAAAUCCCUGGUCCAGAGUUCUGCUCUAAAUCCCUGGUCCAGAGUUCUGCUCUCAAUCCCUGGUCCAGAGUUCUGCUCCAAAUCCCUGGUCCAGAGUUCUGCUCCUAAUCCCUAUUGCAAAGGGUAAAAAUAGAAAGUUAUAAUCCAUUAAUUGAUUUUUUUUUUGUGCAAGAAUUAAAACUAAGUGAAGUAUUAUUGCUGUUAAGAAUAAAAUACAUUUCUGUGUUUAGUAUUAUAAAUUUAAAUCUUAGUUGAAUGAUUUCUGUAUUUCCUUAAAUUGGAUGGUUCACUGUUGCUGCGCAAAGUGCUUGAUAAUGUCAUAAAAAUUUUAGGCUGCAAGUAACAGUGGGGAAUUUUUUUUUUUAGUAAGUUCAAGAAAUAAUAUUUGCAUGAUCUCAAGUUAAAAAUCUUUAUUGUUGCAUUACAUUUAGGAAAUACUAAAAAUCGACUUGUCAGUUUAAAAAAAAAUAUGGUUAAUGUUUCAGGCUGCCUGUAUCGAAAUGUAAAAUUAUAGAAAGAAUCGACUGUAGAACUCUUGUCUUUGUGUGAUAACUUAAUGGCCGGAAUAAAAUAAAAUUAGUAUAUUUAAAAUUUCAUUUAUAUUUUAUUAUAACUCAUGAAUAGGUCAUCAGCCUGCCAGGCAUACGGAAGUGGCCAGGACCGGGAUUCACUUUCUUCACUUUAGUGUGUCUUGACACUACUCCAAGUCUUGACGCCUUUGGCCAGUUAGGAUCACCUUUGUCUUUCAGGCGAAUUCUCUACAGGUAAGUCGUGAUUUAUCAAAAAUCACUUGCUCAUAUCUUAAUAAAAUUAAACAAGAAAAAUUGACAGUUACUAUGUCGUUAAGUUAAAAUGCUACACAUUUUAUAAUCCUGUUGUAUCUUUCUUUUUUUUUUUUUUUUUUUUUUUUUUUUUUUUUUUUUUUUUUUUUUUCUUUUUCUUUUUUUUUCUUUCUUUUUUUUUAAGUAAGUGCUCCACCCCCAUUCCCCCUUUGUACUUAAAAAAAAACAACAACUUAUUUUUACAAUAAAGCAAAUACAAGGACAGUAACUGUUGUUUCCUUUUCAGUUUCAGCAGCAGCAGUGGCAGUGGGUUUGAGGCUUUUGUAACUCCUUCCCACCACCUGGCUGUUGCCACCUUCAACAAAAAAGAGUUCAGUACAGUCACAGUCAGUGAUUUCAUUUUUGAUGAUGGUCUUUGGGUAUGCAAUAGUUUCAGAUUAACUUUCUAUUUACUCAUAAAAUUGUUUUAUGAGGAUCAAUUUUUUUUUUUUUUACUUUUGGGAAAACAUUUAACAUCCGUUUAAGUUUUUAAAAAAAAAAGCUAGACUCAACCCACUCUUACCCGACCCUUUAGAUAUACUGUUCCAGUGUGUUUGAGCAAAGUGACAUGUCUUGAAUUAUAUGUCUGAGUAGAGGCAAAACUGUAAUUGGAAAUACACAUACAAGAUUAAUGACAUAGAAACAGGAAGAGAGAAAUAUAUUUUUAAAAAAAUUUAUUACUGUGCUGUAAAAUGAAUUUAAUCUAAUAAUAAAUUUAAAUGUAGAUUUUUAAAUUUCACGCUACUAUCCAAAUUUUGGUGAGACUGAACAUUUCAACGUCUUGCUCAAAUUUUAAUGGACACAUCUUUUGUUGUGAUAGUAAUUGAAGCAUUUUCAACAAGGAAGAGUGAGACUUGCCUUGAGAACUAUUAUUUCUUAGAGUAGUUUUGUUGCUAGGCUCUAUGACAGGGCAUCAGGUGUCACAGUGAACUUUACAGUAGGCCCCAUGACAGGGCAUCAGGUGUCACAGGGAACUUUACAGUAGUCUCCCUUGACAGGGCAUCAGGUGUCACAGGGAGCUUUACAGUAGGCCCCAUGACAGGGCAUCAGGUGUCACAGGGAACUUUACAGUAGGCCCCAUGACAGGGCAUCAGGUGUCACAGGGAACUUUACAGUAGGCCCCAUGACAGGGCAUCAGGUGGCACAGAUACUCAUAAAAUUUUUUUAUUACGGUUUAUUUUUUUUUUUUUUACUUUUGGAAAAACAUUUAACACCCGUUUAAGAAUUUAAAAAAAAAAAGCUAGACUCAACCCACUCUUCCCGACCCUUUAGAUAUACUGUUCCAGUGUGUUUGAGCAAAGUGACUUAACUUGGAUUAUAUGUCUGAGUAGAGGCAAAACGGUAAUUGGAAAUACACAUACAAGAUUAAUGGCAUAGAAAUAGAAAGAGAGAAAUAUAUUUAAAAAAAUUUUUAUUACUGUGCUGUAAAAUGAAUUUAAUCUAAAAAUAAAUUUAAAUGUAGAUUUUUAAAUUUCACUCUACUAUCCAAAUUUUGGUGAGACUGAACAUUUCAACGUCUUGCUCAAAUUUUAAUGGACACAUCCUUUUGUUGUGACAGUAAUUGAAGCAUCAACUUUUUUUUCAACAAGGAAGAGUGAGACUUGCCAUGAGAACUAUUAUUUCUUAGAGUAGUUUUGUUGCUAGGCUCCAUGACAGGGCAUCAGGUGGCACAGGGAACUUUACAGUAGGCCCCAUGACUGGUCAUCAGGUGUCACAGGGAACUUUACAGUAGGCCCCAUGACAGGGCAUCAGGUGUCACAGGGAACUUUACAGUAGGCUCCCUUGACAGGGCAUCAGGUGUCUCAGGGAACUUUACAGUAGGCUCCCUUGACAGGGCAUCAGGUGUCACAGGGAACUUUACAGUAGGCCCCAUGACUGGUCAUCCGGUGGCACAUGGAACUUUACAGUAGGCCCCAUGACUGGUCAUCAGGUGUCACGUGAGAGGAAUGAUUGGAAAAAAAGAUGAUCACGUGAUGAAAGAGAGUGUGUGUGUAGGUACGAGCAAGGGAAGAUGGCUGUAAUGAAUUUUCACUGAUAUGUUUUUCCAGUAAAAAGUGUAGAUAUGUUCAGCUGCUGUAUUAAAAUCAGUUGUGUUUACCGAGGAUUUCCAUGUUAUGAAUGUGAGGAAGAGAUGGUUGUGAAUUAACGCCUACCAGUGAGAGCUCGGCUAUAACGAACACGUUACAACAGGGAACUUUACUGUACAGGAGGCAGGCCCAUUAAGAGCCGGAGAAGAAUGGAUGUGAAUGUGUCACAGAACUAACCACCUACAUAUCUGUGUCACCAACAUGGAAACUAUUAGAACAAAAUAUGAUUGAGGUAAUAUUGUUAUUGACACACACACUCACACACGUAUAAGGGCAAUAAUAAGAGUGACUAUGAUUAAGAAAAUGCUCACACUAUUUCAGCAUUCUGUAUGUGUUGGCCAUAUUGCUGGCAGGAGGUUCUCCAGCAGUCAAGGUCAGGUGUUUGUGUACAUAGAUGGCGUUUUGAGAACCAGUGCUUACCUCAAGUUUCCAAGUCUUUCAGAGGUAAAAAUUGUAUCCACUCAGUACUGAACCAGUUUAAAACAGAAUGAAAUAGUUGAACAAGGUAUGUGAAAGCUUGAAUCUAAAGCCAAGGCAAUAAGAUGUGAACGUUUCGACUUAAUGCCUUCUUCAGCAAACAAGACAAAUGAAAAUACAAGAAGCAGAGCACAGUAAAAAAAAACUUUAGAGAUCUCCUUUGUUGCUGCCGGAUGAUUCAACAUAACUUGUUCUACUAUUUCAUUCACGCAGCUUGAAUGGAGUCCUUCAAUUAUUAUCUUUUAAAAUUGAAGCAUAUAUAAUUUUUAUCAAAAUUAAAAAUGGAAUUCAUAAUAACCUUAUUUUUUUGUUCUGGUUCACGUUGUGUCUUACCUAUUUUAUAAACUUCCCUUGUCUGCCUCGUCACAGCCCUUCAACAUCUGUAGGGUGGGAUCACCAGGAGUUAGGAUUGGAGUGGAAGCAGUCAAUGACGUGCCAGCAUACCACCAAGCAGAAGUGAAAAAAGUCUCACCACUCAAAUCAAUAUUUACUUUUGCGGUAGGCAUAAUUUAAAAGAAAUAGUUGAUUAAUGCAUAAAUUUUAGUCAAUUCUUCAUGUCUGUUUCAGUCUAGAUCCGUUAUUAGAGAUUAGAGAGUAAUGAUUGAAUUGAUUUUCUACACUCUGAUGGAAUGGUAUGUAGGCACACUUGAUUUGGCGGUAGCUGAUUUGGCAGUAGCUCAUUUGGCAGUAGCUCAUUUGGCAGAAGCUGAUUUUGAAUUAGCUGAUUUGACAGUAGAUGUUUGUAAUUAGGUGAUUUGGCAGUAGCUUAUUUGGCAGUAGCUGAUGUGGCAGUAGCUGAUGUGGUAGUAGCUGAUUUUGCAGUAGCUUAUUUGGCAGUAGCUGAUUAGGAAUUAACUGAUUUUGCAGUAGCUGAUUAGGAAUUAACUGAUUUUGCAGUAGCUGAUUUGGCAGUAGCUUAUUUUGCAGUAGCUUAUUUGGCAGUAGCUUAUUUUGCAGUAGCUUAUUUUUCAGUAGCUUAUUUUGCUGUAGCUUAUUUUGCAGUAGCUGAUUUGGCAGUAGCUGAUUUGGCAGUAGCUGAUUUGGCAGUAGCUGAUUUGGCAGUAGCUGAUUUGGCAGUAGCUGAUUUUGCAGUAGCUGAUUUGGCAGUAGCUGAUUUUGCAGUAGCUGAUUUGGCAGUAGCUGAUUGGGAAUUAACUGAUUUUGCAGUAGCUGAUUUGGUAGAAGCUGAUUAGGAAUUAACUAAUUUUGCAGUAGCUGAUUUGGCAGUAGCUGAUGUGGCAGUAGCUGAUUUGGCAGUAGCUGAUUAGGAAUUAACUGAUUUUGCAGUAGCUGAUUUGGUAGUAGCUGAUUAGGAAUUAACUGAUUUGGCAGCAGCAUUAGAGUUUCAUAGAUAUAUAUUUUUAACUUCAGUAUGAAAUAUUUUUUGUUAUUUUCACUCCAAAAUUAUGUUUGCUCUAUUUCUAAAGACAUACUAAUUUGUAUCAGAACUGCCCAAUUCUCUGCUGGUCAAAUAAAUAUUAAAUUAAUUUUAAUUUGAUAAAUUCUGCCAAAAACUUGUAUGAGAUGAUGCCUUAAAUUUGCGUUUGAAGAUCAUAAAUGCAAAUAUUAAAGUGCUUGGCCUAUCAGGAGUGGGCUGUGAGGUGGCUAUGAAGUCCAAUUCUCGACUCGCUGAUUUAAGCAUUUGGGCAAUCAUCUGCACAUCGACAGUUACAAUUUAGCUUGUAAAUGUCUGGGGAAAAAUAGCAAGAAUCUCUCCUGUCUGGGAAAACUGCUGCUUUAUUUUUAAGGAGAAAAUUGGAACCCUCCAGAAAAACAUUCUAGAAACUGCAUCACCUGUUAGAAUUCUUUACAACAAAUUAGAAUGUACUGAAACGUAAACAACCUUUUGUCAAUCAAGGGAGGGGUGGGUGAAAAGGAUUGUCACAACACAUUUAAUUGGUGAUGUUAGUAUCCAAAAAAAAAAAUGAGGGAGAGGAGUGGUUGAUGAUUUAGAUCUAUGUUGAAGUAAAAUUAGGUCAAGACACGUGCUAUAACACCUACUUUGCUCGACUUGUUUAUCCUUGGCAUUCAGAUUCGUGGCGGUGAAACCUCAAGCUAUGGGCCCGGGGUAAACACUUUCACGUCAGGUACCCAGGAUGACACGCUGGGCCCCUCCAUCUGUCUUUAUGGUCAGCUGGAAUCGAUCUGUGUAUUUAACGAUUUACUGACACUGGAACAGGUGAAGGCCCUGAACAAGACAGGUAAAUAAACUUAUACACCUGGUGAUCACCUGUAAAUCUGAAACAGGUUGGUCAGUUUUUACUCCUGAUAUCCACCUGUAUGGCCAGCACAGGGGCAUGUUAGAUUUAAUAUGUCACCACAUCAUUGUCAUUGUAAUACCAAAAAUAUUGAAUACCUAUCAAUUUAAUUUUAUUGAUUGUUUAAAUUGUUUAAGACAGUGGUGCCAGUCCAAUUGUCAUUUCUCACAUGAGAUAGGGCCUCAAGCAACAAUGUUUAAGACAGUGGUGCCAGGCCAAUGGUCAUUUCUCACAUGAGAUAGGGCCUCAAGCAACAAUGUUUAAGACAGUGGUGCCAGGCCAAUGGUCAUUUCUCACAUGAGAUAGGGCCUCAAGCAACAAUGUUUAAGACAGUGGUGCCAGGCCAAUGGUCAUUUCUCCAAUGAGAUAGGGCCUCAAGCAACAAUGUUUAAGACUUGUGUUUAUCAAGUUUAUUAUGACUGAAUUAAAUGUAUGUAUUUCUCUGGAUUUAUGACAAGCUAUAUCCAUAAUAUCAAGUACAAAUGGAGCAUAUUGAUCCCAUAACUGGGUUACUUUGUAAUACACUUACAAUUAUAUUAUUUAAGAUCUGAGUUGUCUGUGUUACACAACUGUAAACAAUAACAAUGCAUUAUUACAUGAACAUACUGUAAACUGUAACAGCAAUUUAUUUUUGUUCAGGCUUCAACUCACUGUUUCAUUUUACAAGUGACCCAGCCAUAGCUGACCUGCCAGUCAAGCUCAUCGCCAGGUACAAUGCCAAGGUAAACAAAAACAUUUGAAAAACAUUUUUUUUUAAAAUCCUCUGUUAUUUCUAUUGCUUGACUGUGACUUUGAGCUCAAUUCUUUCAGCCUAACACAAUACAAUGGCAAAUGUCUAGACUUGGACUUGUUUUAUGUGGCUUAUAAGUAAAUCAAGGAAUUUGAUGUUGGUGAAGUAAACAAAGAACACAUAUCACCAGGCUUAAACCAUGCAAGAUAUAAGACAGCCAUGUUGUAUUUAUAAAUCAGAUAUAAGAACACAGCAAUGUUGUAUUUAUUAAUCAGAUAUAAGACAGCCAUGUUGUAUUUAUAAAUCAGAUAUUAAGAACUCAGCAAUGUUGUAUUUAUUAAUCAGAUAUAAGACAGCCAUGUUGUAUUUAUAAAUCAGAUAUUAAGAACACAGCAAUGUUGUAUUUAUCAAUCAGAUAUAAGACAGCCGUGUUGUAUUUAUUAAUCAGAUAUAAGAACACAGCAAUGUUGUAUUUGUUAAUCAGAUAUAAGAAUACAGCAAUGUUGUAUUUAUAAAUCAGAUAUAAGAUGGCAUUGUUGUAUUUAUCAAGAUUAUUUAAACACAAACAAUUUGUGUAAAUGAAACAAUAUAGGUUCAGCUUUAAUAAUGACCAUACAGAAUACAAAUGUUAACAAAUGAUCAUAUAGAAUACAAAUGUUAACAAAUGAUCAUACAGAAUACAAAUGUUAACAAAUGAUCAUACAGAAUACAAAUGUUAACAAAUGAUCAUACAGAAUAAUAAUAAUAAUAAGAGGUCUUAUAUAGCGUGGUACCCCAGCCUAGGGCUGGGCUCACCGCGCUGUACAUAAAAAUUUUAUCAAAAGAGACAUUAUAAUCAUGACAUUAAAAUAAAAUACAUUUAUGAAAAUAAAGAACAGCAAUGUAUAUAAAUGUUAACAACUGUAUCUUACUUUGUUUUAGUCACUUAUUCUUUUCUGUCAUUUUUAGCUAGGAUACAGGGAUAUAUAUAUAUAUAUAUACAUACUAUGUAUAAUUAAACAAGCAUUGGAAAUAAUUUGCUAACUAAAGCUAAUUACAAAAUUAGAAGUUAGAUGGGGCCAACUUGAGCCAACUAGUUAAAUAGAAUACUGGCCAUAUGAGUGUUAGUUAGACAGUCAUAAUUUUAUCUUCAAAUUAGAAAGACAUCGUCUGUGCUCGCAUUCCAUUUCAGGCUUGCAAGAGUCAAAUCUGUGCUGACCUUUCACCUUACCAAAACCAUGGAACUUUCCCUGGCAACAAGUGUAUCAACUGGGACCUGAGGGUUUGUUUUUAUUCACCUCUUGUAAAAAUAUCAUGGAGUGUUCAUUGUUUGGACACUAAAGGCUUGAGUGAAGAGGGUGCAACCCUUAGUUGCUUGAGUGGAAAGCGAGCACCCAUUCAUUUUGUUUGCCCAUCCAGUGAAAGGGUGUGCUUUCCUGUAUGAGAGUGAAAAGAUGACUCAUAGAGGAUUUGAAAGCAGACAAUGUUAUUUGAAUAAGAGAAUGCUAGUUUUGUCAUGAUGUGUUACACUAUGUAUGACCAGGUGAUGCUCUUAACAUAGUGGUGCCCAUGCAAUGCACUCUAGGACUGUAGGAGAGAUCAAUUGAUACAAAUAAUUAAAAGCAAAAAAACUAUUAAGUAAAUUAAGUCAAAUUUAUUUGGAAGUGGGGGUAACUGAGCAUCUCUCAUGGCGAAUGUGGCCGUCCGUAGUGAUACUGGUUCUCAUAAUUCUUAGAAGUUGAGGAUUUUAUCAGAAUUUGAGAUAAUUUCUUACUUAAAUCUUUAUUUUAAUCCCCCCCCCCUCCCCUUUUCAAUGGCAGACCUGUUUACCCUCAAACUCUCAAAAUCGUACAAUAUCAUCACAAAAUCAUUCAGUACAUUAUCUUAAUAGUAAAAAAGAAACAUACAGUAUACUUAAUGUAUACACCUCAAAAUUGUACAUUGUACGCCAAAAUCGUAAAAGUAAACAGGUCUGCAACAGGCAUUAAUUUUAUCAAUAUUCUUUUGUUUUGCCCUCUUCAACAAUAUCAUUUAUAGGAUGUUAUCAACUGCCUCGGAGGCAUACAAGUGUUAUUUCCCUUGCUGGAGAUGUUGGAUCAGACAAUCAUAGAGAUGCCCAUGGAGAGCCCGAGUUCACCAACCAAAACAGAAGCCUAUGAACUUGAUCUCGAUGAAUGGGCCGUAGUCACCUCAGGGACAUCUGUUUCAUCAGGUAAACUAUUAAUUUGAUGAUUUAGAAACUUGAUUGCUGUCACAAACAUUAAAUUCAUAUAACAAAAAUAUUUUCUUGAUUUUAAAAUUCUAUAAUUUAUAUCACAUUAAUUCAUCAGGCAGAGGGCGGGAAGGAAGUGGGGUACAUAUGUCCCCGGGUGCCAAGGUACAGGGGUGGCACAAUGAGGCCUACAACGUUACAUUAUAAUAAGUAAACAAGGGAAAUAAAUUGGUCACAAGAUCUUGCUUUUCUUAGCAUUCAAAGAGAAACUGAAUAAAUCAGAUUUUGAUUGCGUAAUUGACCAGUUUGCGACAGUAAAAUCAAGAAAAAUAAACUUUUUUUGGACUAUGUUAACCAGUCUACGACAGUGGCUGAGUGGGUCAUGUACUACAAGUUCUAUAAAUUUUCUUCUUUAAAUGGAAUGUUUGAUUAAAAUUUAAAUUGUUUUCCUUAUUCAAUGUAAUAGAACAAUGUGAUUAAAUGUGGAGGGGGCUGGGGCGCCCAUUGUAUAGUUCGUCCCUGGUCACAAAAUAUUAUCGCUACGCCUCAUAUGUUACCUAAUGAUGUCAUUGCUAUAAGCGUAUAAUUGCUAGCAGUAAAAGCGUAUAAUUGCUAGCAGUAAAAGCGUAUAAUUGCUAGCAGUAAAAGCGUAUAAUUGCUAGUAGUAAAAGCAUAUAAUUACUUGCAGUAAAAGCGUAUAAUUGCUAGUAGUAAAAGCGUAUAAUUGCUGCAGUAAAAGCGUGUAACUGCUAGUAGUAAAAGCAUAUAAUUGCUAGUAGUAAAAGCGUAUAAUUGCUAGUAGUAAAAGCGUAUAAUUGCUAGUAGUAAAAGCGUAUAACUGCUAGUAGUAAAAGCGUAUAAUUGCUAGUAGUAAAAGCGUAUAAUUGCUAGUAGUAAAAGUGUAUAACUGCUAGUAGUAAAAGCGUAUAACUGCUAGUAUUAAAAGGGUAUAAUUGCUAGUAGUAAAAGCAUAUAAUUGCUAGUAGUAAACGCGUAUAGUUGCUAGUAGUAAACGCAUAUUAUUGCUAUUAGUAAAAGCGUAUAACUGCUAUUAGUAAAAGUGUAUAACUGCUAGUAGUAAAAGCGUAUAACUGCUAGUAGUAAAAGCGUAUAACUGCUAGUAGUAAAAGCGUAAAACUCCUAGUAGUAAAAGCUUAUUAUCGCUAUUAGCCACAAACUCUGGCGACCUGCUGUAACGUGAUAAUUGGGGUCUAUAAAUUCAGAUGGCAUUAACAGCGGCUUGUGUAUUGGUGAGGUUUGACUUUUAUCUGUGUCGAAAUGAUUGUUUUGGUUACAUUGAUGAGAUGGAUAAUUUCAUUUAAAGAACAGUUUUUGUUUAUUGAUGAGCAAUUUGGUGUUGAAGUCAGACUAGUUGUAUGUGUUUGUGAUGGAAAAAAAAACAACAACAACAAAAAAAAACACAUUCUUUCUACAUUUUUUUUUCACUUGAUAUGAAAUACAACGUUCUGGUGCGAAUGUUGUGCAAUAUUUUCAGAGCCAUGGUAGGACUGCAGUAUCCAAAUUUUCUUUAUGUUUGGGUUCCACUGUACCUGUAAUUGCUUGCUUCCGCUGUAUCUGUCAUUGCUUCUUUCCACUGGACCUGUAAUUGCUUGUUUCCACUGUACCUGUAAUUGCUUGUUUCCGCUGUACCUGUAAUUGCUUGUUUCCGCUGUACCUGUAAUUGCUUGUUUCCGCUGUACCUGUAAUUGCUUGUUUCCGCUGUACCUGUAAUUGCUUGUUUCCGCUGUACCUGUAAUUGCUUGUUUCCGCUGUACUUGUGAUUGCUUGUUUCCGCUGCACCUGUCAUUGCUUGUUUCUGCUGUACCUGUCAUUGCUUGUUUCCGCUGUACUUGUAAUUGCUUGUUUCCCCUGUACCUGUCAUUGCUUGAUGUCUGUGAACUUGACUCCCUCCAGAGCUGAAACUUGAACACAACCAGCUGGCUGCCUUCAUUACCAUGCUGAGGUAUGUGCUCAAAGGAAAGACAGUCAACAAAGACAACUUUGUCAGGACCCAUUGUGCCUCAACUUUGGGCAUGCUCAUGCAGAAGGUAAGAAAAUGUUGACGAUCCUACUGAGCUGUAAAUGUCUUCUAAUGUGAAAGUAAAACAUGUGUAAGGGGACAUAAUUUAAUUAACCCUUAGGGUUAAAGGUGUAGACUCAAAACAUGUAUAAGGGGACAUAAUUUACUUAGGGGUCGUUUGCAAAUUAUGUCACACUGAAAAUGACCUUUUCUGACCCCCUGACCCCCUGACCCCUCCCCCCCUUCCCGGUCACAAAGUGUCACGAAUUCUUUACCCCCCUCUUAGUGUAACGCAACACCUACACAAUUUCAAAACAAACAUAAAAUUUCAUAAACUAAACUAAGAUUUUAUUUUAUUCUUUAACAUUUUCCCAUAAGGGAUUAAGAUGGCGGUAUAAAAAGAAAGCAAGCAUAAGUAUUAAUAAUUUGUGACAUAUUAUUUGAUAAAUUAAAAUACUGUUAAAUUUAACUUUGUAAAGUUGACGACAUCGGAUGUAUUGAAACAUUUUUACAAGAUUUCAACUGUAUAGUAAGUGUUAUAAAGAUUUCUUGGAUUUCUUCUGUGUCAAGUUUAAAGCGCAAGUGAUCUUACAAAGCUUUGUAUUUCAAUAAUUUCAAUUUGUGAGCACAAUAUUUCCAAUUCAAGAUGCACACACAACGGGCCUCAGUAAGAUGUGUGACACUUGCCAGUGUUCACCACGACAAAACACUUGCCCUUACAUUGUCAGGGAAGGAUGCCUUUAGGACAACAGGCCUCAGUAAGAUGUGUGACACUUGCCAGUGUUCACCAUGACAAAACACUUGCCCUUACAUUGACAGGGAAGGAUGCCUUUUAGGACAACGGCCCCCAGAAAGAUGUGUGACACUUGCCAGUGUUCACCAUGACAAAACACUUGCCCUUACAUUGACAGGGAAGGAUGCCUUUAGGACAACGGGCCUCAGUAAGAUGUGUGACACUUGCCAGUGUUCACCAUGACAAAACACUUGCCCUUACAUUGACAGGGAAGGAUGCCUUUAGGACAACGGGCCUCAGUAAGAUGUGUGACACUUGCCAGUGUUCACCAUGACAAAACACUUGCCCUUACAUUGACAGGGAAGGAUGCCUUUAGGACAACGGGCCUCAGUAAGAUGUGUGACACUUGCCAGUGUUCACCAUGACAAAACACUUGCCCUUACAUUGACAGGGAAGGAUGCCUUUAGGACAACGGGCCUCAGUAAGGUGUGUGACACUUGCCAGUGUUCACCAUGACAAAACACUUGCCCUUACAUUGUCAGGGAAGGAAGCCUUUAGGACAACGCAGUCCGAAAUCCUUAACGCCUUGUUUGACAAAUGUAAGAUUGGAAGCAGAGACAUUGUGGCCUUUUACCAGUUUGAGGGACCCUUAAAGUGGUAUCUAUCUGAAGCUCGGAGAGAGAGCGGAAAAACAAAUGUAUGACAACAUGCAUUUAAAUAAUAUUAAAAUCAAUAAAGAUAUAAUGCUCACCGUUGAGCACGUUGGCAGAGAAAGGGCCAAACUAUUUUAACAUUGGGUACCACCUACCUUGCCAAAGGAAGGGGUAGAGGAGAUGUUACAAUUUUUAUCUGAAGAGAAAGUGGAGGUAUUUCAAAAUAAAGAAUGGGCCGACCGAUGGACUGUGGUCUAUAGACCAAAAAAAACCACCUGAUUGUGCCACAUUAUCUACUCUUAGAGUGUGGUAUUAUCAAAAACACAAAAAUCUUGGUACUGUUGCCAGGAAGAAAGCAAGCGUGCUUCCAUUGUGGCUCUUUGGACCACUGGACCAGCAAAUGUAGACAUUUUCGAAAAGGAAAGCCUUCACAGGUAGAUGACAUAACAAACUCACUAGGCCGACUAAUAAUCGACGAAGAUAAUACAGACGGGAUGACCCCUGGAAACAUUCAGAACGUGGUCAACGAGGGGGAGAACCCUACAACCACGGCAGACUUCGUCGCCGAGUUAGAGAACCCUACAACCGUGGCAGACUUCGUGACCGAGGGAGAGAACAGUACAACCACAGCAGCCGUGGAAGGAGAAACAAUGAAGGAAAUGAAUGGCAAACAAUUGAGCAUAGGAAAAAGAAAACAGUAAAGAAAAACAACAAUUCCGUGCCGGGUCGCACAUAUGCAGAUGCACUGUCAAGGGUAACAACAUCCCCGUCAGCGCCAAAAUCUCCAACACAACUGAGAAACCCGGCCCCAGGAUUCGCAACUUCUCCUAAAGCAACAUCUUCUAAAAGACGGGGAACAAAAAAAAUGACCUUCUGAUGGGCAAAACACCGGGGAGAAGAGGAAGGUUUUGAAAUGUAACCUUUUCCCCGGUGACGUUCCCGAUUUUACUGAAGACGACAUGUCUUCUGAAGAAGACUCAAAUUAUAUUUCGAACUUUUAAAUUUUAAAAAAUUGACAAUUUUGUUCAGAAUUUAUAAACAGAAAUUUAUAAAGUAACUUUCAUUAACAUCAAUACAUCACUAACAAUCAUGGGGAUAACACAACUCAUACUUUUCUCAUUAAACAUAAGAAGUUGCAGAAACAAAGAACAGCACAUUAUUAAUAUUGUCAAAAAACACAAAUGCGAUUUUAUUUUUUUACAAGAGACAAAUAUAAACACAGACGAUGACGCACAAAGAUAUACAAAAUCUCUAGGCAUGAACAACAGUCAUUUCAGUUUAGGCAGACAUUGUAAGGGGGUAGGAAUAGUACAGACAUUAGAUAGAUUGGAGAUAACUCACAAAGACAGGGAUAGCGAAGGGAGAACGGUCAUACUCAACAUUACAGACAAUAGAGACACUUACACACUAGUCAAUAUAUAGGACACCCCUUCACAGCACACAGAAAAACCAUUAUUUUACAACACACUAGUACAAACACUAAGAUACUCACACAAAAGGGGAAAGAUCAUUUUGGGAGGGGAUUUCAACCAGUGUUUAGAUACAACAAACCCAAAAAGAAAAGAUAAAAUUUUAGAAGAAACAACAGGUACAGAAAUAAUGCAAUACAUAACAGAGAGAUAUAACAUGUUUGACGCUUACACAGGGAAGGGAAAGAAACACAUUUACAUGCAAUACUUUUAACACCAAGGCAAGAAUUGAUAGGUUCUAUAUACCAACAGUAGAUACAAUAAAUGAAGCAAAACACAUUCCAGAAACACUAUACUUUACAGAUCACAAAGGAGUGAAAAUUACAAUAAAUACAACAAGAUCAAACAUCAUUAAAAAAAUCCCCUCAUUGGAAAUUUAACAAUUCACUUUUAGAAAACAAUCAGUACACAGAUCUCAUUAAUAACAUUAUAAAACCAUAUAGCACACUACCAAAAAAAACAUAGGACAACACUGGGAACUUUUAAAAUCCACCAUCAAACAUAUCACACAAAAUUUUGCAACAAGCGUACACAGACAACUCAGAGAAAGAGAAAAAGAAUUAGAAAUACUCGGACCAUCAGAGAAAGAGAAAAAGAAUUAGAAAUACUCGGACCAUCAGAGAAAGAGAAAAAGAAUUAGAAAUACUCGGACCAUCAGAGAAAGAGAAAAAGAAUUAGAAAUACUCGGACCAUCAGAGAAAGAGAAAAAGAAUUAGAAAUACUCGGACCAUCAGAGAAAGAGAAAAAGAAUUAGAAAUACUCGGACCAUCAGAGAAAGAGAAAAAGAAUUAGAAAUACUCGGACCAUCAGAGAAAGAGAAAAAGAAUUAGAAAUACUCGGACCAUCAGAGAAAGAGAAAAAGAAUUAGAAAUACUCGGACCAUCAGAGAAAGAGAAAAAGAAUUAGAAAUACUCGGACCAUCAGGGAAAGAGAAAAAGAAUUAGAAAUACUCGGACCAUCAGAGAAAGAGAAAAAGAAUUAGAAAUACUCGGACCAUCAGAGAAAGAGAAAAAGAAUUAGAAAUGCUCGGACCAUCAGAGAAAGAAGAAAAAAAACGUUCAGCCCCAAAAUACAAUAAUUAGAAGAAGAACUAGAAAAAAAUUAAACAAAAUAAAUACAAUGGAGCACAUGUUAGGAGUAGAACUUUCACUAACAACCAAGAGGCACCUACAAAGAUGUUAGGAGUAGAACUUUCACUAAGGACCAAGAGGCACCUACAAAGAUGUUAGGAGUAGAACUUUCACUAACAACCAAGAGGCACCUACAAAGAUGUUAGGAGUAGAACUUUCACUAAGGACCAAGAGGCACCUACAAAGAUGUUAGGAGUAGAACUUUCACUAAGGACCAAGAGGCACCUACAAAGAUGUUAGGAGUAGAACUUUCACUAACAACCAAGAGGCACCUACAAAGAUGUUAGGAGUAGAACUUUCACUAAGGACCAAGAGGCACCUACAAAGAUGUUAGGAGUAGAACUUUCACUAACAACCAAGAGGCACCUACAAAGAUGUUAGGAGUAGAACUUUCACUAACAACCAAGAGGCACCUACAAAGAUGUUAGGAGUAGAACUUUCACAAAAAAAGUAGACAGAUAGGACAGAUCGUUGACAUAAAAGGGGAAACACACACAGAGACUCCAAAGAUCGUAAACACAUUUGAAAAAUACUACACACAACUUUUUGGAACAGAGAAAACUGAGUCAGAUCUACAAGAUAAGUACACAAAAUGUACACAAGAGCUCAAUACAAUUCAAACACAAGAAAUGGACACAACUAUUACAUGAGCAGACAUGAAAACAUCCCUGCUGUCCAGCAUGAAGAAAAGCAAAACACCAGGGCCACAUGGGCUUACAACGGAAUUCUACCUUUUCUUUUUCACAGCAUUUGGACCAAUUUUACAUGCCACACUAGAAGAAGCUUACAGCAACCAUGAGUUACCACACUCAAUGAAUAAUUCAUAUGUAACGCUUUUACCAAAAAAAGAUACAGACUGAACACAACUUCAAAAUUACAGACCCAUAUCUUUACUUAACACAGACUAUACAAUUCUCACAAAAACUCUAGCAAAUAAAUUAAAACCACAUUUAAAUGCUUUAAUACAUAUAAACCAACAAUACAGCAUAAAAGGCAGGGACAUACAUAACCACAAUCAUUUCAUUAGAGAACUUAUUCAAUAUUCAAAUGUCAAAAACAUCCAAACUUGCAUAUUAUCACUAGAUCAAGAAAAAGCCGUUGAUAGGGCAGACCACACAUACCUACAUAAAAUAUUACAACACAACAAACUAGGGGAUUAUUUUUGUAAUUGGGUUAAAAUUUUAUACAAGUCCCCCAUUAGUAAUCUUAUAAUUAACAACACACUUUCUAAAUACAUUAAAAUUGACAGAUCAGUUAGACAAGGGUGUCCCCUUUCCCCUUACCUUUAUAUCCUAUCCUUUGAACCUUUGUUAGAGAGAAUUAGAAGGGAGGAGAGUAUUAAAGGAGUAAGGAUCCCUUGAGGUAAUGAAACGAAAGUCAUUGCAUAUGCAGAUGACACAAGUUUUUUUUGCUAUUGAUGAUAAGGCUAUUUCAAAAAUAAUAUCAAUAUUUUAAGAAUUUGGAAGAGGUAGUGGGUCUAAAAUAAACAUAACUAAAUCUGAAAUUAUGGGGAUAAGGUCGGUGGAAAGAUAGACUAGAUUUCCCUUUAGAAAUCGUAAGGAAAGAUAGUCUUAGGAUAUAUGGCAUUUACUUUUCAAACAAACAGACUCAAAGUAACACAGAAACAUGGCAAAACAUUGAACAAUCAAUAAGAAACAUAAUUGACAGACAUGAAUACUCAGCACACACAAUUUUUGGCUGGAGCAAAAUCAUAAACACAUAUGUUAUUCCUAAAACAAUAUACACAGGGAACAUAUGGGGACCUCCACCAGCCAUUUUAAGACAAAUACAAUACAAAACAUUAAAAUUACAUUAAUCCAAUCUAAAUUAGAAGUGGGGGGGGGGGGGAUUAAUUUACAAGACAUACAAACAAAACUAGAAGCACUUAGAAUCAAAUUUAUAGGACAAGCCAUUAGAAAGAAGGAGGAAAAUUUAUUUACACAUUAUUACAUUGGGAUAAGGCUAGGGCAGUUAAUAAAAAUUGAUAACAACACACCCCAUUACAUGGGAAAAAAACAAUCGCAUUUUCAUAUGGCAUGCAUUCAAGCAUUAAAAGGCAACGAAACACUUAUACACAAGACAACUAAAGAAAUUUACACACAUUUAAUAAAGAAACAAGCAACACCACUCUACAAUAGCAUAAAAUGGACACAUGUUUAUGGAACAAUAAACACUAAGAAUACAUUUAAAAAUACACACAUUAAAGAAAUCGAAAAUAAAGACAAAGAAAUAACAUAUAGGCUCAUAUACAACAUGACACCAGUAUCAUCAAGACCAUACAAGGACAGAGUUAGGCACAUGGAAUGUCCACUCUGCAGGACAGGGGCUGAUGAGACAGAACAACAUUUAUAUCAGACAUGCAACACAAUAUUACAGACUAAAUCUACACUUAAACAAAUCAUACAAGCAGGUACAGUUCACCCAGUAGAUAUAGACAGAGCUAUAACACCAAACACAAUACCAGCAUCCAUAAACAAGAAACAACACACAAUAAGUCUAAUAUUACUUUCACAAUACAGAAAACAUGUAUGGCACCACAGACUUAAGGCUUUUUUCCACAAACAUAAUUACACAAACAUUACAUUAGAAACACUUUUUAGAUUAAAAUACCAAACAUAAUUCAAAACAUCAGUUAAGAAAAUAUAAUGACAAAAUAAUACAUUCAAAUAAUUUGUUUAUCAUUCCAAUUCCUUAAGACAUCAUGUUAAAAAAUUCAUAAUGGAAACAAAUGUUUAAUUUAGUACACACCAUUAUAAUGUCAAAAUUUUGUUCAUUUAAAACUUUGGAAAAUUUGCCUGUAAUUAUUUUAGUUUUACUCUGUAUAAAUAUUGAAUGAUUGUGAUUUAAAGUUAAAAAAAAAAAAAAAAAAAAAAAAAAAAAAAAAAAAAAAAAAAAAAAAAAAAAAAAAAAAAAAAAAAAUUAUGAACAUUUCAGUACAUUACUCACUAUGAAACAAAAUAUAUUCUUGCUACAGUACUUUCUUCACAUUGGAUAUUAAAAUGAUGCGAAAAAAUAUCUACAAAAAAAAAAGUACAAAAAAAAAUUUAAAAAGCUGUGACGUAAAACGCAAAACAACAAAGUCAUCACCGAGCUAAAAAUAAAAUGGCCACAUCAGUUUAUGCGUCAUUUUUUGAUAAGCGCAGAAAGUGUGCCUGAUCGAGUUUCAUGGAUGCUGCCUAUAAUACCAGAGGCAAUGUCCACAUGGAAAAUGAAUGUUUUUAAAACUAAUUCAAUAAAGAGUUUUCAAAAUUAGAACAUUUUAGAUUUUUUAUUUUCUUUAUUUUGUGGCGCCACAAAUUUUUUACCCCUGUCCCAAGUGUCACAAAUCCCAUCUCCCCCCCCCCAACGUGACAUAAUUUGUGAACGACCCAUUACCCUUAAGAUUGAAGGUAUAGACUCAAAUUUUGGAUUAUGUUUUUCAACUCCGACCUAAAUCCCUAGAUUAAAUUGACCCUAUCAUGUUUGAGUGUCACUACUGUCAGGUUCAUCGAGACAUGAUGGAUGUGACAGUUCUGAUGUCAAUCCAGUAUCUGAUAGAGGAUUGUGACGACACCCCCAGUGUGAAGUCAACACUUCUGCAACACAUCUACCACUACAUCCUGUUUGACUUCUCACUGUGGAGCAAGACACAUUUUGCAGUUCGAAUAGGUAAUAAAAAGCAAGACACAUUUUCCGGUUAGAAUAUGUAACAAAAAGCAAGACACAUUUUCCAGUUAGAAUAUGUAUCAGAAAGCAAGACACAUUUUCCAAUUAGAAUAUGUAACAGAAAGCAAGACACAUUUUCCAGUUAAUUAUUUAACAAAAAGCAAGACUGGUCAGAAUAUGUAAAUAAAUUUGGAUAUUAAAACUAAAGGGCUGGAUGAGAUUAAAUGUAUAUGCAUUUGAUUGAGCAACUGUUGAAUUAAAAAAAAAAAUAUAUAAUUAUUGUUUCCUAGGACACAUCCAGUAUCUAUCCACCAUCAUCAAAGAAGAUCGCAAAUAUUUCAGAAAGAAGUAUGGCGUGCAAUUUUUCCUGGAUAUCAUCAGGGCCUACUACGGGUAAUCUUGGACACCUGGACAUGUCGUUGGUGUUUAUGUGCCUUUUAUCAUGAUUCAUUUCUUUUCUUGAUAUGGUCGAGACCGUAUAAAUAUAUCUGGGACUAAUAAUUGGGUUGGACAAAUGUUUUUAGUGUCUAUAGUUUCAUGGACAAAAUAAGGGAAAUUGCAACAGAUACAGUUCAGGAUUUUUUUUCUUUCAAUAUAAGUAUCUAAUGGCAUUAGAACAGGUUUCAGUGUCUAGUGUAGUUCUCCCGGUGAAAGUAUAGGGACAAAUAUUGUAUGAAUAACAGACAAUGUAUUUCAUUGCCAUCUGUCACCCCUGCAAUCAGAGGUACAUUUAUUUGAAUUAAAUUCAAAUAUAAAUUUUAAAAAAAAAAUAAAAUUGUUCAUAAAUUAUUUUUCUCCUUCCUGUUGUGGUGCAAGAUCAAGUUGUUUGAUGUUAUUUCAGCACAACUGCCGACAGCGGGUUAAGUGAAGAGGACAGCAAGUCCAUACGUGUGUCCCUGCUGCAGCUCAUCAAGUUCUACAUUAUGAACAGCAUCACGGUGGAGGAGCUGACCCAGCUUAUGGGGUUUAUUCUUUCUGUCAAACAACCGACACUGGUGAGCCAAUGAUAUUACAUUCGGAUGCAUUGCGCCACGUUGUCUAUUUCAGUAAUGAAUGAACACAGGUUACUUAUUUUCUAAGAAGAAUUAUAAUACCUAUUUACAUGGCGGUAACAUCUUCAUAAAAAUAUUCUUUUUUUUCCAUGCACCCGAACUGUAUUUUCAGCAAAGCGUAAAAUGUGUAUUUCCUUAUUCAUAAAAGAAGAAUCAAAGUUAAAAAUGUUCACAUCUGUGACACAAGGUUUACUUAUAAAAUAGUAAAUGUAUUGGAGUUCAAUCCCCCACCAAAGCCAAGUCAAGCAAAAACAUCACCAGCACCUCAGGUGGAUGGGACGCGUUAACCUUGGAUGGCAACUCAUCUAAGAGAAGGAAACUGAAUUCAAACCUGGAGAUGGAGUCCCGUAAGCGGAUAACAUUGAUACAAUGAAACAAUCCGACAACUCCUGCGACACCACUGGUGCCAAGCUGUAUCAUCCAGAUGAUGUUCCCUUGGGGUUGUCCAGUGGCAUAAAGCGAGGCGAUUUGCUGUGUAGGGAACCAGUUUAUAAUCCUAGAAGAAUAAUCCCAGGCCUUGUGGAUCUUCAUGCUGCGAAGUCCACACCAUCGUCACAUUGUGGCUGACGGAUGCCAGCAACAACAAAAAGAAUGUAUUAAGAUAUCAUUCCCAGCUUGUAUAGUUUGGGCUGGGUGCUGACUUCUGUUAGCCAGGACACUUUCUUAUUGGGGUUUUUAAUUUAGGCCCUAUGUUUUAUGUCUGAUCCCCCCACCAGGUCCUGGAGGCCAUGGACCUCAUGAUAGCCCUGCUGGAGAGCCCAAGUCGAAAACAAGAUCAGCUGGUACUGCUGCUGUAUGAGCAAAACCAAGCAGAGAUGUUCUACAAGCUGUUGACCUACCCUCACCAGCCAAUUAUAUUCUAUGAGAAGGUGGUCAAGGUAUGACUUGCGUAAUGUUUUUAUUAUUAUUAUGGUCAUAUGGGUGUGGUCAUUUUGUAUAUGACGGUGAGGGCUGAUACUCAUGCUUUUUAACUGUUUUAAAAUAUGAAAAUAUAGGUCAUUGAAUGUCAAGGGCAAGCUUUAUAAAUAGUUCUACAUCACAUAGAUCCUCUUCAUCCUACUGAAGACGGAGAGAGUGUAUGAGAAAAACAAGUCCCGGCUGAAGCUGUCGGACAUCGGCCAUGCUGGUCUCAUCAACUUGAUGGCCCACUAUGAGAUAUCUGCCCCGAUGAUCAAGCGUUUUAUUGAACAAGUGGCCUUUACGGGUAAUUUGUAAAACGUUAGCUAUACCGUUGAAGGCAAUGUCAUGGCCACUGCUGCAAAUUUUCUUAGAAUAACACUUAAAGUGUUUAUGCUGAAAUGGAAAAUGAUUAUAUCUUUGAAUUGAAAGCCUUCCCUUCUUCAUUACAUAUGUCGUUUGAAUAUUUCAUCUAUUCCAAUGCCUGUGCAUUUUUUUUAUUCAGAAACUUCUCAGACCUACAGUGCAGUGCUAUCUAUCCUUGGCCUUGUUCACGGUUGUGGUCUGGACAUAAAAUCAGAGGCUAGCAGACAGGUGAGAUCAUGUGUGACACAUUUAGUAGACUAGACAUAUAUUCACAUGGCAAAAAAGUAGCUGAAACACAAUAAGCAGUAGAGGCACCUUUUAAAAAGUAGGGGCGCCUCUGUCAACUGUACAGCCACCUCUGUCAACAAUGGGGCUCCUCUAUAAACAGUAGAGGCACCUCUAUAAACAGAGGCACCUCUAUAAACAGAGGCACCUCUAUCAACAGUGGGAGAACCUCUAUAAACAGUAGUAACACCUCUGUAAACAGUAGUGACACCUCUAUCAACAAUGGGGGUACCUCUAGAAAUAGAAGCUGCACCUCUGUAAACUGUUGGGCACCUGUUUAAACUGAGGAGCUGUCUCUAUAAACUGUGAUGCACCUCUAUAAACACUAGAGCCGCCUAUAUAAACUGAUGCACCUCUAUAAACUGUGAUGCACCUCUAUAAACUGUGAUGCACCUCUAUAAACUGUGAUGCACCCCUAUAAACUGUGAUGCACCCCUAUAAACUGUGAUGCACCUCUAUAAACUGUGAUGCACCUCUAUAAACUGUGAUGCACCUCUAUAAACUGUGAUGCACCCCUAUAAACUGUGAUGCACCCCUAUAAACUGUGAUGCACCCCUAUAAACUGUGAUGCACCUCUAUAAACUGUGAUGCACCCCUAUAAACUGUGAUGCACCCCUAUAAACUGUGAUGCACCUCUAUAAACUGUGAUGCACCUCUAUAAACUGUGAUGCACCUCUAUAAACUGUGAUGCACCCCUAUAAACUGUGAUGCACCCCUAUAAACACUAGAGCCACCUAUAUAAACUGUGAUGCACCCCUAUAAACUGUGAUGCACCCCUAUAAACUGUGAUGCACCCCUAUAAACUGUGAUGCACCCCUAUAAACUGUGAUGCACCCCUAUAAACUGUGAUGCACAUCAAGACAGAUAAAGUUUGAAAGCUAUAACCCAUGGCUGAAUAUAAAAAUAGUUUAUUAAAGUUUAUUUGUAUUUGAGGGGACCCCCCCCCACCCCAGCUCACUCCAUGGCAUCUACUUGUUUUGAGUGGCCCACUAUCACUCAAAGUGUUAUCUCACUAUGUUCAGCCCUAUUGUGAAGCCCCUAGAGCUGAUACAUUUUAAGCCAGCCACACCAUUGCAGUGUACACAUAUUAAUACUGUCAGAGUUUAUACAUUCUCUCAGUUUCUUUGUUCUGACCUCUUUCUCUCUUCUCCCACCAGCUUUUGGCCAUCAUUGUAUCCAAGACAGGGGCAGCUAAAGGCUUUGCCAAACAGCUAGGCUGGCAGGAAAACAUCACCAGGCUCCUGACCGUGGAAAGGAGGCGCGCCUUCACCCUGACCAACCCAUCUAAAGUUGACUCUUCUCACGCCGAAAGCAGGUCCUCUGGAGCGGAGUCUGUCAAGCUAACUUCAAAUGGACCUAACCUACAUUUGCCGACCCUAUCAGAGCCACUGGGCCAACACGUCCUUAACCUACCUCUGACGACACUAUCAGAGUCGAUGGACCAACAUGUCCCUAAUGUACCUGUGCCGACACUAUUAGAGCAGCUGGACCAACUUGUCCCGUCCAUUAUAACAAUACCUGGCAGCUUUCCACCAUCAGCCCCCACAUCACACGACGACUCAUCCAAACGGCCAUCAUUAGAUGUAAGUCAGGAGAAUGCUGGUACAGGCACAUCCCACCCAUCACCACCCACACUUUUCACAUUGGACAACAACAAUUCUGCAGACAGUUCAGGUAUUACAGGUACGUAUCUCUGGUAUUUGAACAUUUUACUCCGGGAGCAGAUUCAGGCUCAACAUUUUCAGUAUUUCAGUUGCAUUGGAUGCAGCGUCUGGAAGAGGGAUGGCGGUGUAAAUCCAUGCCAGACGUGUGAUGACAGGUUGAUGGUAAUAAAAAGGUUCAUGUCUCUGUCAAUAAUGUUAUUUACUCUCUACAAUGAAAUGCCUAGAGAUAAACAGCAUCAUGGAUUUUUAAGGAGUCUAUAAGAUUUUUAAAAAAAUUCCAAUCCAUCAUAAUCUUGCAAACAUGUCAUUUGUUAAAUUACUCAAAAUUUAACUUGAUCUCUUAUGUCAACUAUACCGUUUUUCUUCAACUUUUCAAACACCCCCCCCCCCCACCAGACCAUUUGAAUAAGCCUAGUGACCUCCUCUUGCGAUCCUCCCCUCCUGCUGUCACAGUGAACAUUAAAUUACUCAAAAUUUAACUUGAUCUCUUAUGUCAAAUAUACCGUUUUUCUGCAACUUUUCAAACCCCCCCCCCCCCCACCAGACCAUUUGAAUAAGCCUAGUGACCUCCUCUUGCGAUCCUCCCCUCCUGCUGUCACAGUGAACCAACACGGUGAAGAGAUCAAGAAUACGAUAGGCUCUCCAACCAGACCUAGUGCCCUCCCCUUCCCAUCCAGCCCACUGGAGGAGAAGCCGAGCCGAGAGGAUGAGGAGUUAAUGGAUCAGCUGUUGCAGGAGCCCACCCCCAACACACCCCUUUACAUCAAGAGAAAAUUUUAUGAGAUGGAAACGCCCGAUGUUGAUGACAAUGAAGGUGAGUCACAAAAAAGCUUUCCCCCAUCAACCAAUUUGACACAGGGCACUCGGAAUUUUAUCCAUUUGAAACCCCAGCCCUAUGGGAACAACUCCACAUUUAUCACAUAUUAGUUUAGAACAUUUUUAAAAAAAUCUAAUAAAAUUAUUUUGUAAUAUAUUUUUAUGAAAUAAAUUGAUUUGCAUUCAUAACUGGUCCAUUUAUGUGUCAUAUUACAUUAGUUCUCUCUUUUGUUGGGUAAAUUUUUAAAGAACUAUGACAAAUUACUUGAUUACUCAUGAACAUGGUGCUACAAAAGUUAAUCUUCUAUCAAAAUAAUGAAUACUCCUUGUCUGAUCUAUAAUUAAAAAUUUGGAAGUUGUCCACCGUGGUCUCGUAUCUUGUGAGGCUCUCAUUUCAAUGGUGAGAUUUGUGCUAGCUACAUAUAAGAUGAAAAAAACGUGUUUGAGUGGGCUGAUUUUGCUGUUACGACGGUUUGAAUGGGUUAAUUAGGCCAUUGCUAUACAUGAAGUCAUACCAUUUUUAUAAAAUUACCCUUAAAAUAAUGAUAUGCUACUUUAUCUGACACACAGAUUUACGUAAUGGCAGUCGAAGCUCGAGCGCCAGUGUUGAGGAUCUUCUCCGCGAUACCUCAUCGACGGCCAGAGACCGCAGUGAUGUCUCCUCUAGCAUCAGCAACACUUCAUUCUCCUCUUCGGGCUUCGAAGGGGACAGCGCUCUCGAUAACUCGCAGUCUUCUCUCAACACCCUGAGGUCCUCACCCCAGCUGAACAGCAGCCUUGACGACUCGCACCGAUCGGACGACUGGCUGAGGGGCUCAUCCGACAAUCUCUUACAGGAGGACGGCGAUUCCAGGAGGAGCUCAGUGGAUGAUCUUUUAGGGGGCCCCGAUGACUCCAGGAGGGGUUCAACGGCUUUACAGGGCGAGAAUUUUAAAAAGGUCAGUUCCUGUUGGCAAUAAAAAUAAAUGCUCGUAUUGAAGCUAAAUUUUUAUUGUGUGUGGCAUCAGUUUCACUAAUCAUCAAAUUGAUGAGUUACGAGCAUUACAGUUUGAGAAUUGUUAGGUUUAUAUCAACUCAACACAAAUUUCCAGUUAACAAACAUUGCGUAAUUAUGUUAAGAAAUUGUAAACAGCCUUUGGCCGUCCUCUCAGACACCACAUUUCAGCUAAGUGCUAUCUUUUAAAAUCAGAUUCUCUUUUUACUGUUGUUUGUUUGUUUGCUGAUGAACACAGACACGCUUGUUGUUUUGUUGCAUCCUUUUUUCUUAGGUUUUCCCCGCACUUUGUUUUGCUCAUUUUUUUUAAUGAAUUUCAGUGUCAUAACUUCAGCAGUUAUCAGAUCUGUUCAUGAACAUCUUGUGCUAAGCACAUGUCCCUUUAAAUUAAACACAUGAUUUUACAGUGCUGUGCUGCUGUUGAUAUUUUUUUAAAAACUUUAUGGGGAAAAAAAAAAAAUCAACCAAUUUUUUUCGUCUCUAUCUUCCAUCUCAAUGUUCUUCAGGUCCUUGACCAUGUUGGGGUGCAGCUGACCGAUGCCAUAGAACAAAAAGAAGAACUUUGCCAGAAUAUACUUAUAAUACUCCUGUCCAUCAUGUGGAAAGGUAUUGAGGGCUCCAGCAAGGAGAUAUGGAAGGUAGGUAACAUUUCUGUCAUUUAAUUUGUAAGGUUAUCCCCACCCCCGUCUCCUCCUCCCUGGAAGAGAUGUACUUUAGUAUGUGAGCUUAGAGAGUCCUGGAAGAGAUGUACUUUAGUAUGUGAGCUUAGAGAGUACUGUAAAAUAGUGCAUUUAUUUUAUUUUUAUCCCCCAGAAUAGAUGUCAGGUGCUUACCUGGGUAUUUGAGCUUGGAGAGUUCUGUGAGAUAAUGGCUUAUUAUUUACUGUUGAUCCUCAGGAGAGAUGUCAGGUGUUUACCUGGAUAGAUGAGCUCGGGGAGUCCCAUGAGCUGAUCCGCCCCCCUGAGGAGAUCAAGAGACGUCUCCUCGAGAUGAUGCUGCACAACUGUAUGAUGGACAUUCGCAGCUCCGGUGUCCAGACUCCACUGGCCCUCUCAGAAAAUGCCAUCGAACUCAUCCGCCUGGUGCAGGGCUUUGUCACCAAGCCUGAUGCCCCCCCUGAGUCUUUCUCUAACAGAGUAAGUCCCCGUGAGCUCUUGAGUUUGUUUCAGUAAAUAGGAUACUGACAGUGAAGUGCUAUUUUUUUGCUUUUCCUGCAACAUAAACACUUGAAAGGGACAGUGAUGAUCGGCAGCUGAGAUAAAGUUAAACAGCGAAACAAACUGAUUCUCUUUUUUAAUGUUUGUUAUAAAAAUAGACAAGAAAUAAUCCCUUAUUUUCCUUCUUUAAUAUUUCACAAAGUGCUGUCCAUAUAUCUAAUAUGGAUUCUGUACAAUGUUUCAAAAGGCUUAAGGGGAGGUGAGGGUGAGAAUUUGGCAAAAAUGCCAAAUUUUGAAUAAUUUGUUAUUAUUGUUUAUUUGGUUUUAUUAACCAUUUCUUUAUUAAAUUUUUAUAUUUGUUUUUACAAAAGUAAGUUAGAAAAUAUAAUAAAUUACACAUUUCCUGACCCCAUCUAUCAGAAAAAUGUAACAAUUUCCCUAUUUUUUAGUGUUUUUACCUCUUUGUUAUGAGUUUUUGGAAUCGCCCAAUCCCUACGCAUUUGGUAUGGUUGGAAAGAUGGUGAUUUCGGGGUCAAGAUAAAUAUAGCUUAUGAUCACAAAGAAAAUUACAAAAGCAACCGAACCUUUUAAUUUUGCCGCAAUGUCUAGCUAAAUUUGAUAUUUUCCUGUCCUACUUCGUGUAUCACGUGAUCUAGCCCUGACCUUUGAAUAAAAUAAAAAUUUUGAUUGGUUCCUGUGUAGGAAAUCUGUUAGUAAAGUUCACUUCCGGUACAAACAAAACGUUUAUGAAUUCGUGAGGCCUAGCAAUUUCGAUACGCAAUUUGUCGGUAAUAAAAACAUGUGAGGAGUUAAAAAACAACUAAAUAAGUAUAUAACCAAACAAAGUGAGUUGGCUUGGAUUAAUUGCCGUGAUAAACACGAUUAAUUCUCCCCCUUUUCGGAGAAGACUAAGACUGAGUACACUAACUACUAAGCCUACUCCUAGUUAGUGCUACUCACUUCAAGUUCAAGCAUCGCCAUGCUACUUCACUAGCUGGAAAAACAUAGAAAAAUACCAUGCAUUGGUAAGUAUUAAAGAUAAAAUCUAUUUUUCACUUAGAUUCCAAUUUAAAGUACGGUAUUAUUUAUUCAUAAGGCUAAGCCUAUACUGUACUCACUCUAAGUAUAGACCAUUGAAUUAUUUGAAUGAAGGCUGUACUAUAUUUUAUACUUAUACUUUUUUAUUAUUAGUAAUGUAAUAAACACUGUUAGUUUAGUGAUAGUGAAUUGUAGUAAAAAUAAACUUAUAAACAAUUUAUGAAUUUAGUAAUUGUGAUAUUUGACUGACACUGCUCUAUAUUUAUAGCUAUUAAAAUGGUAAUAUAUUAAAUUUCUCAUUUUUCUUAACGCGGCACAAAUGACAUUGUCAUUAGUGUUAUUUUAUUCUAAAGUAAAAUAAGAGCCCAAACAAAUUUUGCUUGAAAUACUUGUCAACAAGUAUGACCUAUCAGUCAUCAAUGUCAUUAUAGCCUUAUAUUUUUGUUGAGAAGCAUUUAAUAAAAAUAUCUAACUACAAGUUUAUUGUUUUCAGGAACGAUUGAGGCUACGUGCAAUGAUUUUGCAGAACACAACAAACCACAACAUGCAUUAUAUUUCCUGUUGAUAAACUACACUGAUCUGUUGUGCCUAAGUCCAUUUAGCCCAAAGGACAAUUUGCACAUGAAAAAGAAGGAGUGCACUAAGUAUGUAUUCCAAUUGUUACAGAUUCCUCGUCGCAACAUAUGUUCGAUGCAUCGAACUAAAAGUAACCUCAGGUAGAGGAUGCAAGAGAAGACUAUCACAGAUUACACCACAAAACUCAUUAUGUGUUAUUCAAGGACAAAAAGAAUAAGACAGUAGUUGAAAGGAACAUAUCAAUAAUUCCCUUAUUUCAACAUUGUAUCUCUAUGCGAUGUGAUUUUCAACAUGACUAGUGUCAAAAUUUUAUCCAGUAACUAAUUAGAUUUUACUAUGGAGUUAUUGCUCAUGAUUUUUCUGGCGCACACAAAAAUACUGUUAAUAUGCUUUUGGGAAAAAUUCAUGUUGCAACUCGAGUGAUUCAAAAGUUGUGAGAUAGAAAUCAGAAAAUUUACAACUGUCAAUAUUCAUUCCGUCAUUAGAACUCAUAAAACUCAUACAAGACCAAGAGUUGCAUUUUCAGCAUACAUGGACAAUGCCAAAUAACUCUUUGGAAUUGCAUAUUUACCUAGCUUAAUUUUAUGGUUUUGCACACUUUUAUAAUGCUGAUAUUCACCAAAAUAAGCGAAUUAUUAUUUUUUUGACAAAAACAGAAUAAUAUAUAAAAAUAAAUCAAUCACAGCAAAAAGUUGAGUGUUCAGGAAAAAGACAAAAGGACCUGGAAAAGGAUUAAAAAUGUCCACAAUAGGCUAAUAAAAAGUUUUUAUUCCCAUCUUGGUAUAAGAUUCUUAUUUUUCAUUGAUAUUUUCAUUGUUUUUGUCGUUUUUCUUCAUUACUUCAGUUUUCUCGUUUUCAAUAUUUUUGGUCACCAAUAUCCCUAUAACUUUUUUUAUUUCUUAUCCAAACCUCACCAAGUUUUCACAGUAUGUUCAGUAACCAAUAAUAAACAUUUGGAUAACCUAGAAUUAAGAUAACUGUCUUAGAAGAGAAAAUAUGUAAAACUGAAUUCACCCACACCCCUAUUUUUUGCACACAAAAAAUGGGGUCACAAUUUCUGACCCUGUAAAUUUAUAACUAGUUUAUACAUCAAAAAGUCCUGUUAUACAAAGUUUGAUUAUAGGUUAAAUAAUCUAUGUUUAAAAUCUAAUAGCAAUAACUUUAUAUUUGUAAAAGCCUUAGUAUUUUAAAAAACACUUAAAAAAUAAAAAUGGAGUUUUUUAUGGGUUACAAAGGCAACCAAUGGAAUUUUUUUUUUUUAAACCUGUUUUGUACCUCCUUUACAAUACCAAAUAAGGUUUAGGUAAAAAAAAUCCAAUAUGAAGCUAAACAAAAAUUUUAGAUUUUUCAACCACACCUCCCCUUAAAUUACAAACUUUAAUAUGUCACAUAUGGUGGCUCGGUGUCUUACUUAGAAAGACACUUUAACAUUUGGACCACAUCUUUGAAACAAUUAAGAGGGAGCAUGGUUAAAAGGACACUUGGACAAGUCUUCCUGCUUCAAACAGGUGGUGUGGAAGAUUUGGGGGGGGGGGUGUGGUGCACAACCCAUUGUCCAGUAUGGAUAUUCACUAGUCAUUGUUGCGCACGGUGUCUUAUUGUUCACAGCAUGUGUUGUAGGUUGGUUUAGUUAAUGAACGCUUUUGGCACCUAAUUAGGCUUGUGACAUAUUGUGAAGUGAUUUUUAUGUAGUUGUGACCAGUUCCUAUAGAGUCCGUCAUCGAUGUACAUGCUAUUCAUUUGGCAGAUGUGAGUCUGAAGAUCGAGGGAGAAUGUUGUAUGGUGUUUCAGUAGCAGACUGCACUCUGUGUCUCUGUGUGUUUGAAUUAUUGUAUGUCCACAUGUUGGAGAAGCCUUGAUUAAAUUUUACGUAGCUCUUGAAAUAAGACUUGUGACCUGUUCAUCAGAUUACGAUGAAUGAAGGUGUGAACAAACAUGACAUGUGAAAACCGAUCAUUACGGAUCACAUCACCAAUAUUGUUCAUAUAUAUAUGUAUAUAUAUAUAUAUUAAUAAAAUGCAAACAUAGUCAUACUUGUCAGGAACUUUUCUCUGAAUACUUGAUUAAAAAACUCACUCAGAGUUACAGCUCACUUAAGACUUGUAUGUUACAGAUCACUAAAGACUUGUAUGUUACACCUCACUUAAGACUUGUAUGUUACAGUCACUUAAGACUUGUAUGUUACAGCUCACUUAAGACUUGUGUGUUACAGUUCACUUAAGAUAUGUAUGUUACAAUUCACCUAAAACUUGAAUGUUACAGCUCCUUGAGGAUGUCAUGUCUCUGCUUGAUGCUCUGGGUGUCUGGGACACAGAAGCUAUGGUUGCCUGGACAGAGAUGGUCCACAGAGGGUUCUCAGUGCUGCUAGCAUUCUCGAAGCAACCAGAUCUGGAGGUAUACAAAUAUUGUCUCAUUUCAUUGAUAGCAUGACUAGGAGUUGAUGAUUGGUAUUUGGUGUUGAUAAUUGAUAUAUGGGGUAGAUAUUAGGUAUUUGGGGUUGAUGCUGGGUAUUUUGGAUUUGACUCUUGGUAUUUUGGAUUGUUACUUGAUACUUGAUAUUAGGGUUGACUGGUUGGCUGUGUGGUCGGUACCGAUUAUGAACAAAUAAAAACAAAACUCCAGACACCUUGUGUGAAUAGGUCUCAGAGACACAUGUUGGAAAACUUCACCAUCGUCGUCUCUAUGAGACGCAAAAGUUGUAGAGAAAAAAAUAAUAAAAUAACGUCAAAAUUUUUGGAUGAUUGAAUCAUUUACAUAAGCGUCAUUGAGUAAAAUCUUUGUAAGUUUCAGUUCAUGUUCCAGUUUAUUCUCCGCUGUUCAUUUUGAUCCUUAUUUCGCAGCUGGUAUCCUCGUCAACUGUCAGGCUGCACUCCCUCGUCCAAACCAAGCUCAUCAGCAGCUCAGCCGAAGCCUCCUACAUCCUGGGGGUCUUGAACUCAAUGAUCAUUAAGUCCAUUGAAGGUACUUGUAAGUUACUUCACUUGCGUUUAGCACCAUGGCUGUGUGUCCAAGGUGAAGGGUUUAUCCCUCAUGGGUUUUGUUAAUAACUGAAUGGCAUCACAAGAAUGACAGUGUCGGCAGUGACAGCAGUGUUGGCAUUGACAGCGGUGUUGGCAUUGACAGCAGUGUCGGCAUUGACAGCAGUGUUGCAUUUACAGCCGAGUUGGCAGUUACAGCAGUGUUGGAUGUUACAGCGGUGUUGGCAUUUAAAGCAGUGUUGGCAUUUACAGCAGUGUUGGCAUUUACAGCAGUGUUGGCAUUUACACCAAUGUUGGCAUUUACAGCGGUGUUGGCAUUGACAGCAGUGUCGGCAUUGACAGCAGUGUUGCAUUUACAGCCGAGUUGGCAGUUACAGCAGUGUUGGAUGUUACAGCGGUGUUGGCAUUUAAAGCAGUGUUGGCAUUUACAGCAAUGUUGGCAUUUACAGCAGUGUUGGCAUUUACAUCAAUGUUGGCAUUCACAACGGUGUUGGCAUUUACAGCGGUGUUGACAUUUACAGCAAUGUUGGCAUUUACAGCAGUGUUGGCAUUUACAGCAAUGUUGGCAUUUACAGCAAUGUUGGCAUUGACAGCAGUGUUGGCAUUUAUAGCAGUUUUGGCAGUUACAGCACUGUUGGCAUUUACAGCAAUGUUGGCCGUGUUGACAUUUACAGCGGUGUUGGCAUUUACAUCAGUGUUAGCAUUUACAACGGUGUUAGCAUUUACAUCAGUGUUGGCAUUUACAGCAGUGUUGGCAUUUACAGCAGUGUUGGCAUUUACAACGGUGUUGGCAUUUACAACGGUGUUGGCAUUUACAACAGUGUUAGCAUUUACAGCAGUGUUGGCAUUUACAGCAGUGUUGGCAUUUACAACGGUGUUGGCAUUUACAGCAGUGUUGGCAUUUACAGCAGUGUUGGCAUUUACAACGGUGUUGGCAUUUACAACGGUGUUAGCAUUUACAGCAGUGUUGGCAUUUAUAGCAGUUUUGGCAGUUACAGCAGUGUUGGCAGUUACAGCAGUGUUGGCAUUGACGGCAGUGUUGGCAGUUACAGUAGUGUUGGCAUUGACAGCAAUAAUGGCAUUGACAGCAGUGUUGGCAGUUACAGCAGUGUUGGCAUUUACAGCAGUUUUGGCAUUUACAGCAGUGAUGGCAUUGAUGGCAGUGUUGGCAUUUACAGCAGUGAUGGCAUUGAUGGCAGUGUUGGCAGUUACAGCAGUGUUGGCAUUUACAGCAGUAAUGGCAUUGAUGUCAGUGUUGGCAGUUACAGCAGUGUUGGCAUUUACAGCGAUGUUGGCAGUGUUGAGAUUUAAAUGGUUCAAUAAAAUCAACAUAACAGAACAUUGUUUCAGAUACACCACUAUUCCAAAAAAUUUGAGGUACAGCACUAUUCAACUUUGUUUCUAUUACCCCAAAAACUCAACUUUUAUCAUUUACCCCACAAUAUCAGAUACCCUACUAUUCAAAAUUGUCUCCGGCACACCACUAUUCAAAUUUGAAAACAAUAUCAGAUACCCUACUAUUCAAAAUUAUCUCCGGCACACCACUAUUCAAAUUUGAAAACAAUAUCAGAUACCCGACUGUUAAACAUCUAUUAACAAAAAUUCAUCUCAAUGUUACAGAGAACUGAAUAAGCACUUGCACCUCAUGGAACCUGACUAUUUAAUGCAUUGAUUUCCCUAGCUAACUCAGACAACUAUGCCUACCUGAUGCCUGUGUUGAGAGCUUUGAUUGAGAAAGGUCAAGAACUCUUGACCACCAGCAUUCAUCUCCCUCAUCUUCCCAAGUCAUCCAUGAGUCCCACAUUUUUUGAUGACUUCAAGACAUAUGUGUACAGUGAUGAAUGGCAGACAUUCAUAAAGAGCUAUGUGAGUAUGUGCACAAUUGGAAGACAUUCAUAGAGAGUGUGUCCAGUGAUGAAUUGUAGACAUAUGUGGAAUAUGUGUACAUUGGUAGACAUUCAUAGAAAGUAUGUGUACAGUGAUGAAUGGUUUACAUUUGUAGAAUAUUUUUUUACAGUGAUGAAAAGCGUCAUAUAAUUGUUGUCGUGGUUCUUGUAGGUUGGACCCCAAAUGACCCACUUCAUUGAGAUGAACUUUGAGGAGAGUGCCCAGACCAUGAUGCACUUCUGGUCAGACUGUCAUGAGGAGAUGAUGAUGAACCAUCACAAACACAACAGAGAGAUUGGGGAGAGCAGGCUCAGAUUUAAGGUAAGUUGGUUAGGUAAACACUAGCCCAGUUUUUGCUCAAUCAUUUUUUGCCCCAUCGCCCGAGCUGAGCACCUAAAACAAAAACAUAAACACCCUUCCUUUUGCUCUGACACACUUUAAUUUGUUUACCAGUCCAAAUAAAACUGUGCCAUGGAUUUGUCUACCUCCUUGCACAAUGUCUGCUCAUGUAUUCGGGCCAUGCAUACUAACAGCUAAUCACAGACUUGAAUUAUUCAUCACUUCAUAAUCACUAUUGACUCCAUGGGCAAGAUGAAGCAAAGUUGUGGGCCGGAUGUGGCCCGCUGGACGUAGUUUGCCAAGCCACGGUUGUAGAAUAAAACUUACAGCAAGUGCCAUGUGUUUGGAAAUCAAGCCAUUACAAAUAAAGGCAGGGAUUAGGCAGGGAGUAACUUUUAAAAGUUUACUGUCUGCCCCCCCCCCUCCCCCAAAGACCCUCCCAUUUUUUUCUCUUUAUAGAAUAAAACUUAAAGCAAGUGCCAUGUGUUUGGAAAUCAAGCCAUUACAAAUAAAGGCAGGGAUUAGGCAGGGAGUAACUUUUAAAAGUUUACUGUCUGCCCCCCCCCCCUCCCCCAAAGACCCUCCCAUUUUUUUCUCUUUUUUAAUUGGUUCUUUCUCAGCGAUUAAAUAAUAUGCUUCCCUCCCCCCACCCCCCUUUUUUUGUCCCCCAAGCCUAUACCCUCACACAGGGAGACAUUGCUUUAGCGGAUGAUCAUUAUUAUGUCAAAUAAUGAUAUUUAUUGGAAACCAAACAAACGUUGAUUGACAAAACAACUGCAAAUAUCAACUGCAAAUAUCAACUUCAAAUAUCAACUGCAAAUAUCAACUGCAAAUAUCAACUGCAAAUAUCAACUGCAAAUAUCAACUGCAAAUAUCAACUGCAAAUCCGACAUCAAUCAGACACGUGGGCCAAAAUAACAAAUUGCAAUAGGAACAUGGGACAGAUUUGUUUUUUUCCCUUGGCUUCAAUUGUUGCCACCACAGGUUGGAUGUGGGAAUGGAACAAAUGUUGCCAUCACUGGUUUGGAUGUGGGAAUGGAACAAAUGUUGCCACCGCUGGUUGGAUGUGGGAAUGGAACAGUUGUUGCCACCACUGGUUGGAUGUGGGUAUGGAACAAAUGUUGCCACCACUGGUCGGAUGUUGGAAUGGAACAAAUGUUGCCACCACUGGUUGGAUGUGGGAAUGGAACAGUUGUUUCCACCACUGGUUGGAUGUGGGAAUGGAACAAAUGUUGCCACCACUGGUUGGAUGUGGGAAUGGAACAGUUGUUGCCACCACUGGUUGGAUGUGGGAAUGGAACAGUUGUUGUUACCACUGGUUGGAUGUGGGAAUGGAACAGUUGUUGCCACCACUGGUUGGAUGUGGGUAUGGAACAAAUGUUGCCACCAGUGGUUGGAUGUGGGAAUGGAAUAUAUGUUGCCACCACUGGUUGGAUUUGGGAAUGGAACAGUUGUUGCCACCACUUUUUGGAUGUGGGAAUGGAACAGUUGUUGCCACCACUGGUUGGAUGUGGGAAUGGAACAGUUGUUGCCACCACUGGUUGGAUGUGGGAAUGGAACAAAUGUUGCCACCACUGGUUGGAUGUGGGAAUGGAGCAAAUGUUGCCACCACUGGUUGGAUAUGGGAAUGGAACAGUUGUUGCCACCACUGGUUGGAUGUGGGAAUGGAACAAAUGUUGCCACCACUGGUUGGAUGUGGGAAUGGAACAAAUGUUGCCACCACUGGUUGGAUGUGGGAAUGGAACAAUUGUUGCCACCACUGGUUGGAUGUGGAAAUGGAACAAUUGUUGCCACCACUGGUUGGAUGUGGGAAUGGAACAGUUGUUGCCUCCACUGGUUGGAUGUGGGAAUGGAACAAAUGUUGCCACCACUGGUUUGAUGUGGGAAUGGAACAAUUGUAGCACUGGUUGGAUGUGGGAAUGGAACAAUUGUUGCAACCACUGGUUUGAUUUGGAAAUGGUACAAUUUUUGCCACCACUGGUUGGAUGUGGGAAUGGAACAAAUGUUGCCACCACUGGUUGGAUGUGGGAAUGAAAGCAUUGUUGCCACCACUGGUUGGAUGUGGGAAUGGAACAAAUGUUGCCACCACUGGUUGGAUGUGGGAAUGAAAGCAUUGUUGCCACCACUGGUUGGAUGUUGGAAUGGAACAAAUGUUGCCACCACUGGUUGGAUGUGGGAAUGAAAGCAUUGUUGCCACCACUGGUUGGAUGUUGGAAUGGAACAAUGGCACUGCUAUUUUAAGUUGAUGACUUUUAAAGCACUGAAUGAGUAUUCAAGGUUUAUUUUUGUUUAAAAUAUUAAGUAAAGAAUCGAUGCUAUCUGUGGUCAUAUGAUGCAUAUGUUUAACCACAGAACCAGAUAGAGACUGAGUAUCGUAAGAAAGUAGACCACGAGAACAGAAGGUUCCAGAACGUGAUGGCACAGCAAAAGAAUCAGCACCUGUUUUCACUGAGACAGUGGAGGGCCACCAAGAGAUUCUUCAAUGGCGAAAGAGGGGCUUGGAAGGACAAGUAAGUCACUUAGUCUAGUCAGGUGACUCACAUUGUUUGAAUGGUCUCAGUCAGGGUCUGCCACCUUUUUGGACUGAGGAGCCACUUUUAUAAAGUAUAUCUGCUGAGCCAAUAUUUUUGGGACUGCUGGUCUUGGUUAAAUAUUUAAAUGUUAAGUUGCCCUUGAUAUAGAUCUUUUUCUUGGUGAGGUAACUUUAUAUUCUAACUCUAGCUUAUAAAACAUUUGUUGCGCGUCCCUGUUAUUUCCAGACAUCAACAAGUGGUCCACUGGAAACUGUCAAACCAAGAAAACUUCCAGCGCAUGAAAGUAAAACUGACCCAGAACUACAAUUUUGAUAGUCACAUCAAUGCCAGCCACCUCAGGGACAAUGUGGGUAUGUAUAGCACAGGGGCCCCCAGCCACCCCAGGGACAAUGUGGGUAUGUAUAGCACAGGGGACCCCAGCGACCUCAGGGACAAUGUGGGUAUGUAUAGCACAGGGCCCCCCAGCCACCUCAGGGACAGUGUGGGUAUGUAUAGCACAGGGACCCCCAGCCACCUCAGGGACAAUGUGGGUAUGUAUAGCACAGGGGACCCCAGCCACCUCAGGGACAAUGUGGGUAUGUAUAGCACAGGGGACCCCAGCCACCCCAGGGACAAUGGGGGUAUGUAUAGCACAGGGGCCCCCAGCCACCCCAGGGACAAUGUGGGUAUGUAUAGCACAGGAGACCCCAGCCACCCCAGGGACAAUGUGGGUAUGUAUAACUCAGGGGCCCCCAGCCAACUCAGGGACAAUGUGGGACCAGCCACCCCAGGGACAAUGAGGGUAUGACGAGCACAGGCGACCCCAGCCACCUCAGGGACAAUGUGGGUAUGUAUAGCACAGGCGACCCCAGCCACCCCAGGGACAAUGUGGGUAUGUAUAACUCAGGGGCCCCCAGCCAACUCAGGGACAAUGUGGGUGUGUAUCUCACAGGGGCACCCUGCCAUAUUGGGAUUAUGUGGGUAUGUAUUUCACAGGGGCCCCCAGCCAACUUAGGGACAAUGUGAGUGUGUACAACACAUGGGCCCUCAGCCAACUCGGGGAAAAUGUGAGUGUGUAUAACACAGGGGACCCCAGCCAACUCAGGGACACUGUGGGUAUGUUUAAUAAGGGAACCCAGCCAACUCAGGGACAAUGUUGGUACGUAUAACUCAGGGGCCCCCAACCAACUCGUGGAAAAUGUGAGUAUGGAUAACACAGGGGCCCCCAGCCAACUCAGGGACAAUGUAUGUAUAACACAGGGGACCCCAGCCAACUCAGGGACAAUGUAUGUAUAGCACAGGGGACCCCAGCCAACUCAGGGACAAUGUAUGUAUAACACAGGGGACCCCAGCCAACUCAGGGACAAUGUAUUUAUAACACAGGGUUCCCAUACAUCAGGGACAAUAUUUGUAUAGAAGGGUUCCCAUACUUCAGGGACAAUGUAUGUAUAACACAGGGUUCCCAUACUUCAGGGACAAUGUAUGUAUAACACAGGGUUCCCAUACUUCAGGGACAAUGUAUGUAUAACACAGGUCCCAUACUUCAGGGACAAUGCAUGUAUAACACAGGGUUCACAUGCUUCAGGGACAAUGUAUGUAUAACACGGGGUUCCCAUACUUCAGGGACAAUGCAUGUAUAACAGGGUUCACAUGCUUCAGGGACAAUUUGGGUAUUCACUUUGUGAUAGGGAUCCCCCGUCACUUCAUGGACAAUGUGGGUAUGUACUCUAACACAGGGGCCUCGGGUUAUUUCGGGGAUAAUGUGGGUUUCUAAUAUUGGGAUUCCCAGUCAUCUCAGGGAAAAUUUUGAUAUUUUUAGGAGCAAUUGAUACUGGGACAUCACUCCGCUUAGAAGAACUCAAGGGAGUUAAAGAAGCUUUGGUAUCAAAAGAAAACAUUGCAGAUGACACACUUGGAGAUGAAGAGUGGAGCGCCAUCUCAGCCUCAAGGUAAGACCUUGACCCUAGUAUCAAUAGUUUCUAUUCUUCCUCCCCCCCCAAAAAAAACCAACAGAACAGCACUUUAUUUCAAACAAGCUCUGCAUUUUAAGACUAUAUUAUAUGUAGCUUUAACUUACAUGUAGUCAAACAAUGGUGUAAACUAGAAGUACUCAGCCAUCACGUCAACCUGUAAGGUUUGCUGUACAUUGUACAAGAGUUAAUUGUGUUUAGAGUUGUACAGCCGUACAUGAUUCUCACAGUUUUUCAAUGGAUUUGGACAAAUAAAAUUUUGCACACAACAGUGAAGACACAGGAUUAAAAUCUUAACAGGCAGUGCAAUAAAUGGUCAACAGAAUGGUGAAAUCCUAUUGGUCUGUUCAAAAUGACCUCUGACCCCAAAGUUCUAAGAUUGGUAGGCCAUCCAUAUUUAGAAACUGUGCAGUUUCGUUGAGCAUCAUUGAGACCAAUGGGCAAUAGAACUGACCAUUCGUUAAUAGUAUGACAGCCUUGUUUGGCAGUCACUACUUUGAGUAGUUAACCAUGGCCACACAUCAGUUUGUGGGAUCCUAUUUAUUACUUCACAUCCUCAAAGUGCAUAUGGUAAAAAAAAAAAAAAAAACUAUCCACAGGGCUUUUCCCCAUGGUGCAGUGAAACUACAGCUAUAAAUUGAUGGUAGACUUAAUAGAUUUGUAUAGACGGACAAAACAUAUUUUCCUUUCAUUAAUUUAAAACUGGAAUCUGUUGUGUUACUACAGCUAGCAUAAUUAACUGAAGAAUAUGUCUAAUUACAUCUAAACUGCUAUCAAACUCAUCAUCAAGGUCAAUUUAUAUAAAAGUUGCUACUGAUCAGUGUAAAAAAAAACAGAAUCUGAUGAAAAUUGGACUUUAUUCAUCUAUAAUUAUGCUAAAAAGUGCACAGCGAAGGUAAAAUUAAUUUUUAAAAGUAGGCCUAUCCAGAAGGCCAAGUUUGCAUGCAUUCAAAACAUGGAUAACGUACGGAUGAAAAUGUUACUUUUUAAAAAAUCUAUUUUUGUUUAUUACGGUUUUUCAUGGUGUUCUCCAAUUUGUGGAUGACUUUUUACGCAGUUUUAUGGGGAUUUUUGUACAGUAGUUGUGGUACUUUUGUAAAGUUUUUUGUUUUAAAAAUCCCAACAGGUUGGCAUGAUUGGCUCAGGCCAAUGUCUCGUUUUCAUUUUAGUUGAUACUUGUAUUGGCCUUUUCAUGUGCCAUGAAUUAGUGUUCUAAUAUCACAUCGUAAUUUGGAAAUAUUUCAAGAAAUUCAUCACAAUAAAUUUAAAGCCUAGAAGAUAAAGAAGAUGUCUAGUCCUUGUAUUUGUUAAAUCUGUAUGUUUAAGACUUCACCAGCGCAUGGCCUCUACCUUGUUGCCCCUUUUAUUUCUAGUGCAAACAUUGAAGAAUACACAGGGCGAGAAAAGCUGGUCGUCUCUGCUGACUGUGAACUUAUCACGGUGACGGAUGAUAUUAAAGGAAGGCUUGAGGUCACCACGACCCAUGUAUAUUUCUUCGACUGCAGCCCCCACAAGGAAGAGGGUGAGAAUAACGAUCUCAUCAUCUUUUUGCCAAGUAUCUAAUUGCAGAUUUUAAAUGAAAUUACUUUUUUUUUUUUUUAGAUCAUUUUUUAAAAACAAAAUUUGACCUUUGGUUCAAUCUGUUUGGAUGGACAACCUUGACGCCUGUUAAAUCACCUUUCAUUACAUCCUAGUGUGCUGUCCUAAAGCACAUAACAUCUACCAGCUUGGAAUCUUGCUGGCUCUGUUAAAUCCAUGAUAUAUGUAUUUUUUACACACUGUGUCCGGAUAAAAAUGGAACCCUUUUUAAAAUGGUGGACACUAAUGGUAAAUAUCUAUCAAUUUUUUAAAUUCCAAAACUCAUUUUAAUUCUAAAGUAAUCUUAUAGCUUUUUAAGGACCAUUUUUUUUUUUUUUUUGGAUUGGGGGGGGGGGGAUGGGGAAUAUCCAGACUUACAAAAUAUAAAAUAUUUGGUAAUUAGUGCGAUUUCAUUCAGUCUAUCACCUUCCCCCAGAACACUGUCACUUAGCCAUAAUACUCUCACCUUUCCAGAAUACUGUCACUUAGCCAUAAUACUGUCACGUUUCCAGAAUACUGUCACUUAGCCAUAAUACUUUCACGUUUCCAGAAACUGUCACUUAGCCAUAAUACUGUCAGGUAGCCAGAAUACUGUCUCGUAGCCAGAAUACUGUCACGUAGCUAGAAUACUGUCACGUAGACAGAAUACUGUCACGUAGACAGAAUACUGUCAAGUAGACAGAAUACUGUCAGGUAGUCAGAAUAUCGUCAGGUAGCCANCCCAAUAAAAAUAAAAUAGAAAAAAAAUUAUUUUUAAAAAAAUAGACUAGUUCACAACUACAACAAAAAAGUGAAUAAAAGUAAAAUGUUAAGAAAAAAAAGUAAUAAAAAUACACUUUUAAUAUUAACUUAUAAACAUAUUUCCAAUUUAUAACUACAAAGGCUUACUCUAAACAGAAAAGAGAUUAUAGGGUUUACAAAAAUGUAUCCACAUUACCCCAUUAAAUUAUGAACAAAUUUCAAAUCAAUAUAACACUUUAAAGACUAUUUGAAUAUUUACAAAGACUUUGUCUAACUUCAAGCAGAAACGAGAUUAAAAAGUUAAACUAUAAAUACACUUUUAAUUUAUUUACAUAUUUUUUUACAAACAAAUCCAAAUCUUAUAUCCUAGCCUCUAUAUCUUCCCGUGGAGAUGUCAAAUGUUCCUCAAGUGUCAUUAUUGGCAUAGGUUCUGGCUGAAUAAUUUCUUGUGAAACCGAAACACCAGACAAGUCAACAUUUUCUUCAUCUAGCCAUUCUGCACUUAGCAUCUCCCCAUGAGCAAUAAUUGCCAUGAGCUCUCUCUGUCUUUUGGCAGCCACUCGCAUUGGAUGAAUUCUUUGCUGUUGGGGUGCAUGUAGUAUGUGACUGGACCCAGGCAUACAUUGUUGGUGCUGUUGAACGUGCUUCUUUAACAUGGCUUGCGAAGCAACAUAAAGGUGACAGAUUUUACAGAUCCGUUCAAACAAUAGCAACUGAAUAGAUGGACAAUAUAUAUCAUAUGGAAGAAUUUUGAAUGCUUUUGCCAAUCGAGGUAGUAUGUUUUCAACUUUCACAGACUGAUUGAAGAAAAGAGAUGGAAAUCUAUGUGAGAUUAUAUCAGAUACAUCUGGUAAGGUCCUCAUUAGUUUGGCAGACUGGAAUUGGUGGCGGGAUAAAUCUAUCAGCAAUAAUAUCAAAGUACGAGCUUCUAAUUGGUUGGCAACAAGUUAAAUCACAACAUUUGACAAUUUGUAGAAAGUACUGACUUGUUCUUACAUGGUUUUGGCACCAAACUUGAUCUUUGGUUAUUAAAUUUUCAACUUCAAGCUCAGACUUUUCAGGCACAAUAUACUCUGCCACUGUUGGAAAAUUGUCUAUGCUUAAUUGCUUCCAUAUUUCUGUCAAUGUUUCGCCAGCAUAUUUAAAGUUUAAUUUUUCCAACUCUUCAUCAAUUGUUCGACCUUGUGUGUCAAGAUGGCUUCAAAAAUGUUUAUGUGGCAAAGUUAGUCCCGACAGUUCUCGACUAAGAGGAGCCAUUCGCCUUUCUACUCGAUUAAACGCACUUCUACCAGGCGCAUUCGUUGCUACAAACAUUGCAUCAAUGUUCUGCUUUACAAAAUGAUGGAUGGCCACAUCAAUAACUUUUUGAUACCUUGAAUUUUCAUCAGGUCCACCACCACCCACAGACAUAAUAAGAAUCGGUUUGAUCAACUUGUUGCUUUGAUCCUUUGUAACAAUGUCAAACUCUUCCAAUUCAAGUAGCCUUUCACAGUCCAGUCCAUGGCUAUAAGCUGAUGAUGAGCAAUGCUUGCCUGAUCUGAUGGCUGUGUAAGUUGGGCCUGAAUAUGUUAUAUCUUCGGGUUCCCCUAAACCGUCUUUUUGGAUUUCAAUGCCAGCAUAAACAGAUGGUAUGAGUUUGUGUCUAGAUGCUACUACCCAGUCGUGAUCAGGCAAUGUAACACGAUAUUCCACAUGCAUUUAAAGUGGAGCUUUGCUUGUUAGCUGCUGUCAAUCCAAUGGGGGACUCUGGCUUUGUCAUCCUGACUGAUGAAGCAUACUUAUUUAGGUCCUAACAAAGAAGCCACUUCCUCAAGGUGAUUCAAAGUAGCUGUACAAAAUCUACCAUCAAUGUGUUUUGAGUGUAAAUCAUUUUGCGCUCUGGUACAAUUGUUACAUGGCGUUUGCCUUCCGAUGAUAAACUUCGUUUUGGCAAGAGCCGAGUAUAAACAGCACUUCUCCUUAUUUUAAAACCUUGCAUCUUUAAUUUUUCUGUCAAAUCAUUAAGAUUUCUAACACUACGAUAAACAUCACUCUGUCUUUUGUCAUGAGCAGCAGACCCGUACAACGCAAUGUCAACAAUGGUUUUUAAAAGGAGCGGCUGAUCUUUUUCAAUUGUUGGUCGACCAGUUUUCUGUCGGAUCUUCAAUUGACUGCUGACGUCAGGAUUUUCAGCGCAAAUUUGAGUUUAAGUUUCUUUUUUCGGUAUAUCUUCUGCUUUUCUUGUUCAUAUUUCUUUCUUUUCAGUUUUUUUUCUAGCUCAUCAACCUUAAAUUUUUUUCUCUAUUAGUUCCUUUUCCUGAUCUGAACUUACAACACCACUUUCUUUUCGUUUAUACAAGCCAAUCAAAUCACUCUUGAGGAUGCUUAUCUGACUCUGUAAUCAUUCUUUUCGUUUAUACAAGCCAAUCAAAUCACUCUUGAGGAUGCUUAUCUGACUCUGUAAUCAUUCUUUUCGUUUAUACAAGCCAAUCAAAUCACUCUUGAGGAUGCUUAUCUGACUCUGUAAUCAUUCUUUUCGUUUAUACAAGCCAAUCAAAUCACUCUUGAGGAUGCUUAUCUGACUCUGUAAUCAUUCUUUUCGUUUAUACAAGCCAAUCAAAUCACUCUUGAGGAUGCUUAUCUGACUCUGUAAUUCAUCUUGUACUUUUGCUUUCUAUUUGACAGAUUUUUCAUCCCAAGUAGUAAACUGGAUGGACCAGCUUCUACAUCGAUUUCUAUGUGGUCUUGUUGAAUGGUUUGUGUUGGAUGUUUCACAACUUCUUCUUCAAUUUUUACAUUUGUGGCUGAUUUUUUUAGGAAGGGCAUCUCCACUCUUCAUUGACUGGGCUGCCCAGAAGCUCAUUUGUGUUGCCUUAUUUUUCUGUGCUAAGGCGGCAUAACUAUUCAAUAACUAAUCUACUUUUGUUGGCAAAUCGUCCUCUUUUUUCAAUUUAAUCCGAAUUUCAGUUACCUCUCUUUGACAGUCUUGCUUACGCUUGUUGGGAAAUGCCUUGACAUUUGCUUCAUACGACAACUUGUGAAAGUUUGGUUUCUCCAUUGUAAAUCAAAAAAAAAAAAAAAAAGAAAUGAUUUAAAAAUUUUUUUAAUUAAAUUUUUAAUAAUUUUUUUAUUAAAAAAAAAAAAAAAAAACAAAGGUCUAUUUAACAAUAUUUCAUAAUUCUGAACGUUCCAGACAUGUAAUUUAUUUGUAAGAUUUCACAUAAGUCCCAGAUAAUGUUCAAUAUUUAUCCUAAUUUAUGUACCGUGCAGAGUCACAUCCGUGAAUGGGGCAAUCAUCCUCACUUUAACUUUAGACCUCAUCCAAUUUCACAGUUAAAGCCAAUUAUUUCUAAUAGAGUCUAGUAUGACCAAUAAUGCAUUUUAUAAUUCAUAUAGACACUUACAUAAUAUAAUGUAGACUGUGCACUUACAUAAAUCAUUAUUUGCACAGCAGACCAACAAACAACAACUUCGAAAAAAUAAUGGUGUUACGAGUAACCAUCUCGUGUGUGCAUAUUUAGUUCUGUGUGGGGGGUCUUUUUAAAGCACGGCACGGUCUUUAAAAAGUAGGAAUAUAGUUAGUUUAAUUAAAAUACUGAAGGUUGGGCGAGUGUGUAACACGGGACUACAAACGCUGCCUAAUUUUCCUUUGUUAAGUAAUUAAAUUUAUUUUAAAAAGUAACAUUGUUGACGUCAACGUUUCUUGCCCCCCCCUCCCCCUUGUCCACAAUUGUCAAAAAUUUUCAGACCCUCCCUCCCCCCUAUUUUGUUGACAUAAUUGAUGGACAGUCCCUCAAGUGACAGUGUCAUUCUACAUUUAAAAUGUCUAUACAAAUAUUUCAAGUGACAUUCUACUUGUAAAAUGUCUAUACAAAUAUUUCAAGUGACAUUCUACUUGUAAAAUGUCUAUACAAAUACUUCAAGUGACAUUCUACUUGUAAAAUGUCUAUACAAAUACUUCAAGUGACAUUCUACUUGUAAAAUGUCUAUACAAAUACUUCAAGUGACAAUGACUACUUUAAAAAAAUGUCUACUCAGAAUCCUUUCUCAUUGAAUCAUGUGUUAGCAAAAAAAAAUAUUUUUAAUUGCUUUUUAAAAAAAAGUUAAUUCUUUGACUAAUUCUGUUUUGUGUUUUCAGGGGGUGAAGAUUUUAAGUGGUCUUUGUCUCGACUUCGGGAGAUUCACUUCCGUAGAUACAACCUGAGACGUAGCGCCCUGGAAGUAUUCCUCAUCGAUCAGACCAACUAUUUCAUCAACUUCCCUGAAAAGGUAGAGCCACCGUAGCAUUUGAUCUUUUCUAUUGAUAAACAUAAUUCAACCAAUGAAAAUUAGGGUCAUCAAACGAAGCUUAAUAAGUGGUUCCUAACAACUUGCCUAAGAUUGUAGUUUAUAAUUUAAGUUUAAGCCUACUGGGAGUGUGUCCUGAACACACAAGAAGCAGCUUGAAAAGGCUGAGUUGUGAAACUUGUUAGUCAAAAACCUUGUUGUAAAUGUUUCGGGGGUGGGGUGGGGGGUGGGUGGUGUUAGGGUGUCUUGGAAGUGAGACGUAAAGGGCAUUAACUCUCUGCAUUCUGACGUUUUUUUCACAUUUCUUAAAAAUCUUAAGGUGAUUUUUUUAAAAUAAUUAAUUAACUGAUCUGAAAUAGUUCUGAUCUGAUCAGUUAUAAUAUUAACUUGUUCAUCUUUGACUCAGCUAUCAUUAGAUAUUUUUUGUAUAUUUUAUUUUCUCAGUUAUAAAAAUAAUUAAAAUAUAAUUGGAGUAUUAUUAUUUUUCAUUUGAUGCACAAUUUUGACAAAAUUUUCACAGUAUGAAGGAAAAAAACUCCUUGUUAUAAAAGAUUUAAAAUUUAUUUAAAUAAAAUACUUCAUCAUCUAAUACAAUUCAUAGUCAAACAUGACAAACAUUCUAUAAAAAUUAAAAUAGUUGUCAAAAUUUUAGCAACACCUAUAUUUUGUACUUUUUUUUCUAAAAAAUUCACUAAAAAUGUUCUUUUAAUUAAAAUUAUGUUUUGUAUGUAAUAUAUUUUUAAAAAUGGGCCUCAUAACUUAUAUAUUUGUAUAUUAAAUAUAUUUCUUGAUAAUUCUUGAGUAAAAGAUAACUAAGUAAAAUUUGAUGAUUAUAUAAAUAACUAAAAAAAAAGCCAAUAUUGUUUUUUUUUUUAAAUAUUAAUGUGCCGGUAUUCCCUGAUGUUUGCAUCCCCCCAACCCGGAGAGUGGGGGGGUGGGUAUGCUGAUGUCCGCCGGCAUUUUUUUUACUAAUGUGUAAUGCCAAUGUAAAACUAAUUCAAUGAUAUUUAAUUAUUGUUAAAAGACUUUCCAAAAUCACUGCAGUGUUUUGUAUUGAUCAUCAUAAUGUUGUUUUGUGUUGACAAAUGCUUGAUAUCAUAAUGACAAUGCCUGGGACAACUUUAACUUCACCACUUCAUGAUCUAUGUAUGUGAUUCUCUUCCCGUAAUGUCUUUGUGGCGUAAUUAUAUGUUGGAGCUAACAAAAUAGAUACACCGGCUUCACAUUCAUUUUUACGCCACGUCCCGAGGGAUCACAUACAAUGUUAGAAUUAUUAUGCCUGCUCUCCCCCACCAUAUUCAACAUCUUCCUAGAGAGAAUUAUGUCAGAUGCUCUGGAAGCCCAUGAAGGGACAGUCAGAUUUGGUGGCAGAACAAUCACCAACCUACGCUUUGCGGACGACAUAGAUGGACUGGCUGGGAAUGAAGAAGAGCUAGCCAACCUUGUAAAGCGUCUCGAUAAGACCUCGUCGUCCUACGGCAUGCUAAUCAGUGCCAAAAAGACAAAACUGAUGACAAAUAAUACCGCAGGCAUCACCACUGAAAUUAAGGUCGGGGAGGAAAGAUUAGAGACUGUCGGCCCGUUCAAAUACCUAAGAGCAAUAGUCUCAGAAGAAGGCUCCAAGCCCGAACUGAUGUCCAGGAUUGCGCAGUCUACAACAGCACUAAAGAAGCUCAAGAAAAUAUGGAAUGACAAAAAUAUAGCCCCCAGCACCAAAAAUCACGCUGAUGCGCUCAUUAGUCCUCUCCAUUUUCCUGUAUGCCUGCGAAUCCUGGACAUUAACAGCCGAUCUUGAAAGUAAAAUAAAGCCGAUGGAGAUGAGAUGGUUCAGAAGCAUUUUUGGCAUCUGCUAUAGAGACCAUAUCUCCAAUGAAACAGUGAAAGAAAGGGUUCGCCAGGCAAUUGGGGAGUACGAUGAUCUACUGGUGACUGUGAAAAAAUGCAAACUACAAUGGUACGGCCACGUAACCAGGAAACAAGGGCUUGCCAAAGAAAUAUUGCAGGGCACCACAAGAGGAGGGAGAAGAAGAGGAAGACAAAGAAAAAGAUGGGAGGAUAACAUCAAAGAGUGGACAGGACUAACACUGGGCCAUGCAGUGCGUAGUGCUCAAGACAGAGAGGAAUGGAGGAGGAUGGUUCACAUGUCAUCUGUGGCGCCCCAACGGUCCAAGGACUAAGGGACAUGGGGAUGAGGAGGAGGACAACAUUAAAUCUACAAGUACUGGUUACGCCAAAAAAGUUAAAGACCCGCAAAGACCAUUUUUUUGCUACUUUUAAUCGCUGCGGUGUACGCAGGCCACAGAUAAUAAUUAAGCUAGGUACACCACCGCGGUGUACGCAGCCCAAAGUCAAUAGUUUCACUAGGUACACCGCCGCGGUUUACGUAGUGCCGGCCUAAUUAAAAUUAAGCUUACUUGUUUGUGUUAGCAUUAAUCGGUACUUUUAUAUGCAAAUCGGGAUAAAUUUCAUGAUUAGAGUCUCCAUUUGGAUACAUUACUUUAGAAAAACAAAUAACUCCUUGAGGGUAAUUAAAAUCAUUUGACCAUAUUAAUACUAGUAAUACAUUUUUUUUAUGACACUAAUAUUAUUUUAUUUUUUUUGGAAAUCGGUGAAGCUUUCAAGGGAUGCUCCGCGCUGAAUAAGUUUCCAAAAAUAUUUUUUUUAACUAGUAAUUUCAAAUUUUGAAUAAUUUUAAUAUUUUUACAAAUACUUAAACCAAUGACACAAGUUAUUAUAAUAUAAUAAAUAAUUUUUUAAAAUAAAAAAUUUAAGUUAAAAAAUAAAUAACCCACCCACAAAAUCUAUGGUACAUAUAAGUACCAUUUCUCUAUAGUCGGACUGCAGAGAGUUAAGAUGAAAUUUUAAGUCCCAAACUCAUAAUUUUGUCUGCACUCUCCUCAGACCUUGCGUAACAAGAUUUACAGUCACAUAUUGAGUUUGCGACCUUUGAACCUCAUCUACAAAGGUCAGAGGUCACCCGGAGACCUGCUCAGGGCUUCUGGUCUAACUCAGGUAAUCAAGGGCAGUUAUUGUGUUUAUAUACUUAUAGGAAUUAUGUACAAUGGAAUUCUUUGCCACUACACAUCCGCAACAUACCAACCACCCAGACCUUCAAAACUGCACUCAAAACAUAUCUUUUUAAAUUAUACUACCCUGACUGAUUCCCCUCCUCUGACCGAUAAACGAUCUUGCUGGCUGCCGUCCAUGGUUUGCCAUGUAAAAGUUCUGGGGUGGGUGAAUAUACAUUUGUUUUUUUUGUUUUGGUUACAAGCUGUUCUUUAUUUCAUAAAUGUAUUUUAUUUUAAUGUCAUGAUUAUGUCUCUUUUGCUAAUAUUUUGAUGUACAGCGCGGUGAGCCCAGCUCUAAGCUGGGGUACCGCGCUAUAUAAGACCACAAAUUAUUAUGACUACUAUUACACAGCAGCAUAUAAAUCUUUGCUACUUGCAUAAAAAAUAUUUAACGCACUCCCACAAUGUCCUUAGAAAUGGGUGAACAGAGAGAUCUCAAACUUUGAGUACCUGAUGCAGCUCAACACGAUAGCAGGCCGCACCUACAAUGACCUGAGCCAGUACCAUGUGGUGAGUAGUAUUGCUGACUUUAGCCUGGCCUGGCCUCUGAUGGGGGCAUGUUUCAAGCUCCUCCUUUUUAACCUGAGAAGAAUUUCUGUUUCAACGGGCCCACAUUACAACCGCCAGCCGUCCCACAUUACAACCGCCGGCCAAACCUGAAACUGAAUUUACGUUAGAUCAUAGAAUUUCCACAAAAAUUUAAUAAAUUUCAUUCUAUCAUAAUGUUAAGACUCCUUAUCAAAAGAAUAACAUUUUGUUUAGAAAAGAAUAGAAUUUACAUUGAUCUAUGUUUUGUUUCUUCAGUUUCCAUGGAUACUGAUGGAUUAUACAUCCAAGUUUUUGGACCUUGAAAACCCCAAUACCUUUCGGGACCUGUCCAAACCCAUCGGAGCAGUCAAUUCACGCAAUGAGGAGGAAGUACGUGAAAAGUAAGUCGGUAAACAUGGAAACCAUUCCCUUUAGAUUAUGUCAGAAAAGUAAGUUAAUAUCAAGGGUAAUCAGCCCACAUAAAUUAUGUCAGAAAAGUGAGUUAAUAUCAAGGGUAAUCAGCCCACAUAGAUUAUGUCAGAAAAGUAAGAUAAUAUCAAGGCUAAUCAGCCCACAUAGAUUAUGUCAGAAAAGUAAGUUAAUAUCAAGGGUAAUCAGCCCACAUAGAUAAUGUCAGAAAAGUAAGUUAAUAUCAAGGGUAAUCAGCCCACAUAGAUUAUGUCAGAAAAGUAAGUUAAUAUCAAGGGUAAUCAGCCCACAUAGAUUAUGUCAGAAAAGUAAGUUAAUAUCAAGGGUAAUCAGCCCACAUAGAUUAUGUCAAAAAAGUAAGUUAAUAUCAAGGGUAAUCAGCCCACAUAAGAUUAUUGUUACAAAAGUAAGUUUAUGUAAAUGGUAACCAGACCUUAAAGACUGUUAGAUGACGCCAUUGUAUUGGACCCACUUUGUAAUAUCUGGAUUGAACAACCACUCUGACAACAACCUAUAUAUCCUAAAUUCACACUGCAGAACUUUUACCCAAAUUAAUGAUAUCCUCUUUUAUCACUUCUUUCAUAAGGUUAAUUUUAGUUUUCAUAUUAAACAAAUUCACUUUUUCUCUUCCUUCCUAAGGUUAAUUUUGUUUUUCAUAUUAACCAUAUUCAAUUUUUUGGCUUAUUUCAUAAGGUUAAUUUUUUAAAAUAAAACCUAUAUUUAUUGAUUAUAAUAUGUUUGACAGUAUUUCUUGUUUACCUUAGUAUCCGAAUGCCAGCAUACCCAAAAAUUGUGUCAACAGAGUGAUUUGAGAUAUUGAGAAAGGAUUUUAAUGACUUAAAAUAUUCACCAGGAACAGCCAGAAUUGUAUAAAAAUCAUGCCUUAAAAAAGUUCUUUCUUAAGCAUCAUACAGUAUCAAAUACUAGACUAGAUGACUUAUCCUUUCCCAACAGAUACGACACCUUUGAGGACCCAUCUGGGAUUAUAGAAAAGUUUCACUAUGGCACCCACUACAGCAAUGCUGCCAGCGUCAUGCACUAUUUGGUCAGGGUCGAGCCGUUUACAACUCUGCACAUAGAGCUUCAGAGUGGCAAGUAAGUGCAUUGAGACAUAGAGACACAGGUGGAUGCUGGUGGAUCUGGUGGAAGGGAAGGGGGGUUACAACACUGCACAUAGAGCUUCAGAGUGGCAAUUGAGUGCAUAGAGAUAUAGAGACAAUGGUGGAUGCUGGUGGAAGGGAGGGGGGCUGUUACAAUACUGCACAUAGAGUUUCAGAGUGGCAAAUGAGUGGAUGGAGAUAUAGAGACAUUGGUGGAUGCUGGUGGAAGAGGGGGUUACAAUACUGCACAUAGAGUUUCAGAGUGGCAAAUGAGUGGAUGGAGAUAUAGAGACAUUGGUGGAUGCUGGUGGAAGAGGGGGUUACAAUACUGCAUAUAGAGUUUCAGAGUUGCAAAUGAGUGCAUAGAGAUAUAGAGACACUAGUGGAUUCUGGUGGAAGGGAGAGGGGGGGUUACAACACUGCAAAUAGAGCUUCAGAGUGGCAAGUGAGUGCAUAGAGACAUAGAGAAACUGGUGGGUGCUGGUGGAUGCUUUUGGAAGGGAGGGGGGUACAAUACUGCACAUAGAGCUUCAGAGUGGCAAGUGAGUGCAUAGAGACAUAGAGAAACUGGUGGGUGCUGGUGGAUGCUGGUGGAAGGGAGGGGGGUACAAUACUGCACAUAGAGCUUCAGAGUGGCAAGUGAGUUCAUAGAGACAUAGAGAAACUGGUGGAUGCUGGUGGAAGGGGGGGUUACAAUACUGCACAUAGAGUUUCAGAGUUGCAAAUGAGUGGAUGGAGAUAUAGAGACAUUGGUGGAUGCUGGUGGAAGAGGGGUUUACAAUACUGCACAUAGAGUUUCAGAGUGGCAAAUGAGUGCAUAGAAAUAUAGAGACACUAGUGGAUUCUGGUGGAAGGGAGAGGGGGGGGGUUACAACACUGCACAUAGAGCUUCAGAGUGGCAAGUGAGUGCAUAGAGACAUAUAGACACUUGUGGAUGCUGGUGGAAGGGAGGUGGUUACAAUACUGCACAUAGAGCUUUAAAAUGGCAAGUGAGUGCAAAGAGAUAUAGAGACACUGGUGGAUGCUGGUGGAAGGGGGGUUACAAUACUGCACAUAGAGUUUCAGAGUGGCAAUUGAGUGGAUAGAGAUAUAGAGACACUGGUGGAUGAUGGUGGAUGCAGGUGGAAGGGAGGGGGGUUACAAUACUGCACAUAGAGCUUUAAAAUGGCACGUGAGUGCAAAGAGAUAUAGAGACACUGGUGGAUGCUGGUGGAAGGGGGGUUACAAUACUGCACAUAGAGUUUCAGAGUUGCAAAUGAGUGGAUGGAGAUAUAGAGACAUUGGUGGAUGCUGGUGGAAGAGGGGGUUACAAUACUGCACAUAGUUUCAGAGUGGCAAAUGAGUGGAUGGAGAUAUAGAGACAUUGGUGGAUGCUGGUGGAAGGGAGGGGGUUACAAUACUGCACAUAGAGCUUUAAAAUGGCAAGUGAGUGCAAAGAGAUAUAGAGACACUGGUGGAUGCUGGUGGAAGGGGGGUUACAAUACUGCACAUAGAGUUUCAGAGUUGCAAAUGAGUGGAUGGAGAUAUAGAGACAUUGGUGGAUGCUGGUGGAAGGGAGGGGGUUACAAUACUGCACAUAGAGCUUUAAAAUGGCAAGUGAGUGCAAAGAGAUAUAGAGACACUGGUGGAUGCUGGUGGAAGGGGGGUUACAAUACUGCACAUAGAGUUUCAGAGUUGCAAAUGAGUGGAUGGAGAUAUAGAGACAUUGGUGGAUGCUGGUGGAAGAGGGGGUUACAAUACUGCACAUAGUUUCAGAGUGGCAAAUGAGUGGAUGGAGAUAUAGAGACAUUGGUGGAUGCUGGUGGAAGAGGGGGUUACAAUACUGCACAUAUAGUUUCAGAGUGGCAAAUGAGUGGAUGGAGAUAUAGAGACAUUGGUGGUUGCUGGUGGAAGAGGGUGUUACAAUACUGCACAUAGAGUUUCAGAGUGGCAAAUGAGUGCAAAGAGACAUAGAGACACUGGUGGUUGCUGGUGGAUGCUGGUGGAAGGGAGUGGGGAUGUUACAAUACUGCACAUAGAGCUUUAGAGUGGCAAAUGAGUGGAUGGAGAUAUAGAGACACUGGUGGAUUCUGGUGGAAGGGAGGGGGUUACAAUACUGCACAUAGAGUUUCAGAAUGGCAAGUGAGUGCAUAGAGACAUAGAGACACUUGUGGAUGCUGGUAUGAAAAGGGGGGUACAACACUGCACAUAGAGUUUCAGAGUGGCAAGUGAGUGCAUAGAGAUAUAGAGACACUGGUGGAUGCUGGUGGAAGAGGGGGUUACAAUACUGAACAUAGAGUUUCAGAGUGGCAAAUGAGUGGAUGGAGAUAUAGAGACAUUGGUGGAUGCUGGUGGAAGAGGGGGUUACAAUACUGCAUAUAGAGUUUCAGAGUUGCAAAUGAGUGCAUAGAGAUAUAGAGACACUAGUGGAUUCUGGUGGAAGGGAGAGGGGGGGUUACAACACUGCAAAUAGAGCUUCAGAGUGGCAAGUGAGUGCAUAGAGACAUAGAGAAACUGGUGGGUGCUGGUGGAUGCUUUUGGAAGGGAGAGGGGUACAAUACUGCACAUAGAGCUUCAGAGUGGCAAGUGAGUGCAUAGAGACAUAGAGAAACUGGUGGGUGCUGGUGGAUGCUGGUGGAAGGGAGGGGGGUACAAUACUGCACAUAUAGCUUCAGAGUGGCAAGUGAGUUCAUAGAGACAUAGAGAAACUGGUGGAUGCUGGUGGAAGGGGGGAUUACAGUACUGCACAUAGAGCUUCAGAGUGGCAAAUGAGUGGAUGGAGACAUAGAGACAUUGGUGGAUGCUGGUGGAAGGGAGGGGGGUUACAAUAGUGCACAUAGAGUUUCAGAGUGGCAAGUGAGUGGAUAGAGAUAUAGAGACAUUGGUGGAUGCUGGUGGAAGAGGGGGUUAUAAUACUGCACAUAGAGUUUCACAGUGAGUGACAUUGCAUCUGUGUAAAUUUUUGAAAUCCAAUGGGCUAUUACUAGAGCUGUGCAUGAAAAUAUUGAAAGGAAAUCAAAUAGGAUUUAACCAAAUGCUGAAGUUUGUUGACAACCAAAUCUGUUUAUAUAGUGGAAAGUUGAUCCUUCUUUUAUUAAAAGCUUAGACAAUCUUUCCUUAGGAAUGGGUAGGAACAGGAUUUCUGCAAGAAAAUGUUGUGUGAAAUAACAGGUUGAGUAGAAGGACUGGUUGUGUGAAAGAAGAAGUUGUGUGAAAGAACAGGUUGAGUAGAAGGACAGGUUGUGUGAAAGAACAGGUUGAGUAGAAGGACAGGUUGUGUGAAAGUACAGGUUGAGUAGAAGGACAGGUUGUGUGAAAGAACAGGUUGAGUAGAAGGACAGGUUGUGUGAAAGAACAGGUUGAGUAGAAGGACAGGUUGUGUGAAAGAACAGGUUGAGUAGAAGGACAGGUUGUGUGACAGAACAGGUUGCGUGGAAGGACAGGUUGUGUGAAAGCUUGAAUGAAAUUACAGGACCAUUAAAAACCUCUCAGCUGAAAUCCUUGAUCAGCAGACCAUGUCCUUAGGUAACAAUUCAUUUAAUUAUAAGUUUCCUGUGUGUAAAUCACCUGUAUAAUGAUGCUACAUUUAUGUCAAUCACUUCACAGGUUUGAUGUGGCCGACCGUCAGUUCCACUCAAUUCCUGGGAGCUUCUCCUCCCUGAUGGACAACCCAAAUGAUGUCAAGGAACUCAUCCCAGAGUUUUUCUACUUCCCCGAGUUUCUUGUCAACUUCAAUGGUAAGUCUAACUGUACAGCGGGCAGUGCAGUCUGCAGCACUGCUAAUACUCAGAUGCUCAUCUCUAAUUGCAGUACUUUAUUUGAAACACCCCUUCUUUCAAUGACUCAUCAUAACCUGAAAUUGUUCUUUUAUUGUUCUGGGGAUAUUUGCUGUUAACAUUUUAAAAAUAAAUUUCACAUAAAAAAACACACUUUUCCUUGACUUCACUCAUUGCAAGAUUAAGACAACAGCUGUAGAUGUGACAUUUUCUCAAGUACUAACGCAGACCAAUUGUUUGUGUCAUGUCCAGGUUUUGAUCUGGGAAGACUUCAGAUCACCAAAGAGUCUGUGGACGAUGUGAAGCUGCCUCCCUGGGCCAGCACACCUGAAGAGUUCAUUUACAAACACAGACAGGCCUUGGUAAACUUUUUUUUUUUUUUUUUUAAUUGCUCUUCUUUGUUUGGUCACAUGCCAUGGCUUUAUGAGUUUAUCGCUAGGCUGCUAGACAGUACAGAUGGGACUGUACUGCUUUAAAUGUUGGGGUGUUGAAAAUUGGGGGUAGACCCCACGCUCUUUUCCUGCCUGUGGCACCACGAUAUCAAAUAACUGUAAGUGGUUUAUAAACACAGACAGACUACUACUGUAUGACAAGGUGUGACCCAUGCAGUUUGUCCACCAAUGUGACUUCUUGCCCAUGCACUGUUCCGGAGCUGUUAUUUAAUUACUAAUCAGGGACGUUUCCAGACACUGACAAGAUGUGUUUUAUACAAGUAUAAGCACAAAAUAUCAUUGAAUAUGUUUUAAAUUAUUCUUGUAACUGAUGAGGUUUUUAGGCUAAAUCUAUGAGCUGAUUAACUUAUGAUACUCAUUGUAACCUCUGUGGGGUCAUUGCUAUAUGAAGAUUUGGGGGGACUCCAUCCUUCACUCACGGAUCACAUGUGUUCCUCAUCUCCCUUGAUGAAAAUAUCAAUUCCGAUUUCUACACACCACUUUUUUUUAUGGUCACAGUAAUAACACAGUGAUUAAACAAAUAUAGUGUUCAAUGUUAGCUCCUUUGAAAUACAAGAACAAUUACCUGGUAAUUUACCAGUAUUCUCUCUUUCAUUGAUAAUUGUUCACUCCUAACGAUCGUGGCUGAUCCAUACUUCUUCUUCUCUCUCUUCUACCUUCCUAAUGUUCUCUGGGCAUUACCAAGAAAUCAUUCCCUUAAUUAAUAUCUAAAUAACGAAAAAAUACAUUUAUGUGAAUAUAGACCUGUGUUACAUACUGUUAUAAUGUGUGGAGAAUUUAAUCUCUUAUUUGGCUAUAUUAUUAUUAUUAUUAUUAUUAUUAUUAUAAGUGGUUUUUAUAUAGUGUGGUCUGGGGCUGGGCUCACCACGCUGUACAUACAAUUUAACAAACAUAAUAAAAAACUUUAAAAAAUAAUUAAUAUUUGGCUCGUGUCAAACAGUACACAACAAAGGAUGAUACCAUUAAAUACAGUAAUACAGAUCAAUACCCAACUAGGGCUAAUUACAAAUAAUAAUUUAUUAAGUUAAUUUAAAAAUUACAAAAUGAAAUAGAAUAAAACUAAAGCUAUUGACUAUUGCUUCUAUGCGUAAAUGAUUCCAUGUGAAAUGUGUAGGUACAUUGACAACAGUUUCAGUGAUGAUGGCCUUGAUUUUGAUGGUGGGCGCCAGUCAGAUCUGAAUUGAAAUAAAAUAACUGACUUCCUGUUUCCUCAGGAAAGUGAGUAUGUAUCGGCCCAUCUACACAACUGGAUCGACCUGAUAUUUGGAUACAAACAGAAAGGCCCCGCAGCAGUGGAGGCCCUCAACGUCUUCUAUUACGUUACAUAUGAAGGUGUGCAUGUCCUCUAUUAAAAAUUAAUUAUGCAAAAUGCAAGUCAUCAAUUAUGAUGGCAGGUUUUCAUGUUUAGUACUUCCCAGUAACUGAUUUCUUUAAUAAAUAACACCAUCAAUGUGUGCAUAAAUGUUUAAUAAAUAACAUCAACGAUGUGUGCAUAAAUGUGCCAUAAGUUACUAAAUCUCCACAUUAACUUUUCUUUAUUGAAAUCAUCUUUCUGUCACAUCAAUUGAAAUCAUCAUUCUGUCACAUGACUUGAAAUCAUCAUUCUGUCACAUGACAGUGAAUCAUCAUUUUGUCAUAGGACGAUGUAACAAUUUUUCAGGAGCUGUUGAUCUUGAUGCCAUCCAAGACCCCAAAGAAAGAUUGUCUGUUGAAGGCAUGAUCAGAAACUUUGGCCAGACCCCAUCCCAACUGCUCAAGGUAAACUUUCCUAGAGUUCUUUCUCUAAUGAAACCUUAAGAAACAAACUUAGCUAUUUAGAAAUGAUGGUCGGCAGAAUUUUUAAAAUCAAAAUUGGAUUGAUUUUGAUUAUGAUUGACUUAAGCUAUGAUUGGCUUUCACUAUGAUUGGCUUUAACUAUGAUUAACUUUAGCUAUAAUUGACUUUAACUAUGAUUGGCUUUAGCUAUGAUUGACUUUAGCUAUGAUUGGAUUUUACUAUGAUUGGCUUUCACUAUGAUUGAAUUUAACUGUGAUUGACUUUAACUAUGAUUGACUUUAACUAUGAUUGACUUUAACUAUGAUUGACUUUAACUAUGAUUGACUUUAGCUAUGAUUGGCUUUAGCUAUGAUUGACUUUAGCUAUAAUUGGAUUUUACUAUGAUUGGCUUUGACUAUGACUGAAUUUAACUGUGAUUGACUUUAACUAUGAUUGACUUUAACUAAGAUUAAAUUUAUCUGUAAUUUAUUUAAAGUCAUUAUUUAAUGAGUAUUUAUUGUCAUUAAUCUUAUUUUCUUUGUGUCUAGAAUAGAUGAUUUUUUCCUCCAUAGAAUUUUGUUUUCUGUUGCCAUUCUUUUCUGUUUGUUUGUAUCGUAUGCCAUAUACCGUAUACCAUAUAUCAUUUAUACUGAGGAUUGUAAAGUUAUUUUAAAGCUGAUGUUUGUAUCAGUUUGCUGACUGUAAGAUUGUUUGCUUCAGGAGCCCCAUCCCAGGAGACUGACCUUUGAUGAGGCUGUGGUCAAGACCACCAAGUCUGGGAAGCCUAUGAGUGUCUUCAAUUUUUUGAAAGACCUGAAACCUUUCUUUGUUGAUGUAAGAGCAUUUUCUUCUUCCAUUGCUAUUAUGUCCUCUUAAGUUAUUUUGGUAACUAUUCAUUUUUUGGUUAUGUUACAAGUCUUGUACAGAAAGGCGGGCCAAUAUUUUCUUUCCUCUGCACCAACGUUUACUAUUAUCAACCUUUAUACAGAAAGGUGUACCAACCUAAUCUAUGUUCUUUACCAACAUUUUCUAUGUACUGUACAGCUUCUAUUUUCUGUACUCCCUUCAAACUAAGUCUGGCAUCCCCUAAAAAAGUAACUAUGCAUUUUACCAGGUGGUUGGGGGGGGGGGACGACUUCUAAUUGUUAUUUAAAUUAGAAAGAGAAUUGUAGAACAUCUCAAUAAUACUGACACUUAUGUCUUAUAGUAAAAUAAGUCAUAGCCCCCCCCCCCCUUCCCUUUGUUUGGAAACCCUGCUAUAAAUGAUAUACCUUGUAGUUACUGCAUGUGUAGCUCUGUGUGUAUACAUAAAGCUAUGCUAAAACUGUGGGAAACCAAGUCAUGGGAUUGUUGUGCUUACUAUACAAUGGCUAUACCAUAACUUUACUAAACAAAGUCAGGCUGCUGCUGUACUAAAGAAAAUUAUUGGAUGCAUCAAGAGUGUUUUACUGUAGAAUAAUAAAAGCGUAUCAACUAUAUUUGUUUAAAGUGUAUCAACUUUAUUUGUUUCAUGUCUAUCAACUAUAUUUGUUUCAUGUCUAUCAACUAUAUUUGUUUCAUGUCCGUCUAUCAACUAUAUUUGUUUAAUGUGUAUGAACUAUGUUUGUUUAAUGUGUAUGAACUAUAUUUGUUUCAUGUCUAUCAACUAUAUUUGUUUAAUGUGUAUCAACUAUAUUUGUUUAAUGUGUAUCAACUAUAUUUGUUUAAUGUGUAUCAACUAUAUUUGUUUAAUGUGUAUCAACUAUAUUUGUUUAAUGUGUAUCAACUAUAUUUGUUUAAUGUGUAUCAACUACAUUUGUUUCAUGUGUAUUCAAAUGUCUGUGUCCGCAGGUAUCCAAUGACUUAGAUCCUCUGGUGUAUGUCAAUGUCCCCAGGAGCCAGUCAAGGUCAAUACUUCAACAGGGCAUGCCAGAUAGCCUGGUAGGAAUGUUUGAAUUUUAUUUUAUGUUCGAGGAGCCAUACAAAAAAAAAUGAAAGGCCCCCAACAUCUAACCCUAACACAUCUCUCAUUUUUUUUUUUGACAUGAAAUACCCCAUCAAGAUUUAGUUACAGUGCCAAUGACAUUUCAUACACUGGGCUUAUAGUAGUGUGAGAAGUAAUAAAUUAAUAAUUUUUGUAUACAUUGAUACGUAGGAAUGUUUUUGUUAUGUUGCUGGGAUUGGAACCAGCAGACCAUCAGUGCACUUGUCCUUUGUGCUGCAGACCACGCCGCCUGUCCACCAUGGCACAUUAUAAUUUUUGUCUUUUCAUUUCCUCCUUAAAGAUCACAAUCACGGAGGAUGGUGUCAUAGGUGUCCACGGUUGGCUCCCCUUUGACAAGUCCAUACCAAACUUCUACACAUUUGACAAGGAUGCCACCAUGCUCAGUCCUAAGUAAGUAACAUAUGGACUUUAAGGGUUAUCUCUAUGUUCCCAAGUCAUAAAAAGCUUGAGGGGCGGGUGAAGCUUGAGGGGCGGGUGAAGCUUGAGGGGCGGGUGAAGCUUGAGGGGCGGGUCAAGCUUCAGGGGCGGGUCACGCUUCAAGGGCGGGUAAUACCCCAAAGUUAAGCCAAAUAACGCAUUUUUUCAUGUGAAUUAGAUAACUCAAGUUACGUUGAUGCCUUACAGCCCACUGCUCAUAUUAUAGAAUAUAUUUAAUCCACAUUCCACCCAUGCGUACUUGUAAGUUACACUGGGCUUAAGGAUUCAGGCUAUUGGAAAGACAACAAAAAGUACAUCAUUUUUGUCUUCUUCUUCUUUGUCGGAUCUAACAAUGACUUUUAACUGAUAUAUUUUGUUCAGCCUGUGUAUGUUCCAUUUAUUUACUUUUGAGAAAACGAACAAUUUAAGUUAGGUUCAUUCUCCUCAUUUAUUGUUGCUUCAUAACUUUUAAGGCCAGAAACAAAAAAAGUUUAAGAUUUGUGUUAACCAGAAAUUACUUAAAUUUACGUACAGGAUGACAUAUUCAGAGGUUUGAGAAAUCAGAACAGCUAAUCAGAUUUUAAGCCUUCAUAAUGUAAAUAUAGUAACUUUUUUUGAAAGAAUCUUCCAUUACAGCUCUUGUAUUUAUUAUGUAAAAAAAAAAAAAAAAUAAUAAUCAGAUUUUUUUAAUAGUUUUGAUUUCUUUGGGCCUCUAUCUUUGUUAUUGGGCCGCUUGUCAUGAUAAAAUAUAUCUUUCGCUAAAAUUGAUCAAAUUAUUUAAACCUUCCAUGGCGUUGUCGUUUAUUUGGCGUCUCUCUCUCUCUCUCUCUCUGCAGGACCAAAAAGCGCGUCGGCGGCUCAUUCUGUCCCGGACUGAGAGUCACCGCCAAGCUGUUUGUGGUGUCCCAUGAUGCCAAGCUGCUGUUCAGCGGAGGCUACUGGGACAACAGCCUGCAGGUCUACAGCCUGGGUCGACCGAAAGUCGUGAACCAUAUCAUCCGACACAUCGGUGAGAGAGCCCUUACAUCCGAGCCGAGUAGUUAACCCUGGGCCACAAGUUUUUGUGGGGAUGCAUCAACUAUGUUGCAUUAUUUGUAAUCUUGCUGGGCACCUGCAGUCAAAGUUUUCCUAAUUUUUUUUCUGCAAGUUUAAUUAGAUUUACACAGCCGUGGCGUUAAGAAGGGAGGCUGUGGUUUAAAAGUUUUGAAAAAUGCUGGAUUCAUUUGCUUUUUUUUUUUAAUGUUGUGAUGAGAAUGUGUGACAGAUACGAAACUUGUUUUGGGAGUCUAGUCCAUUUUGAGUUGAUUCAGUCAGAUGUUCCCUCAGAUAUUGUGACCUGUUUGGCCUUGGACAACUGUGGCAGGCAUUUGGUGUCAGGAUCAAGGGACACUACGUGUAUGGUUUGGGAGAUAACUCAGCAGGUAAUUUUUAGGAAGUAUCUUAGACAAAAUUUUUUUAAGGAAUUCAAAACGUUCACUAAGAAAUCUGUUUGAAUGGGUGGGUGGGUAGGUGUGUGUGUAUGUUACAGACCUGUUUACCCCUACGAGUUCAGGAGUUCUUUCAUUUGUUUGGUUUAAUUUUAAUAAAAAAUUAAAUAAUGGGGGUGUUUUCAAUAAAACGUUAACACAUUUAUUGUGUUUACUUCAUAAGCAAUCAAAUAAGAAUAAGAGUGCCUGGCCUUUGUGGUCUCAGUCUCAAAAAACCAACCAUAAUAUUAUCUUUUAGAGAAUAGCGUUGUUAAUGCUUGACUGCCAAUGUGCCAGCCGCAGACUUUUUCCCAUCCUUAAGAAACUAAUCGCAGGACUAUGUCCUGUAUAUUUAACUGUGUCAACUUACAUAAGCGGUUGAGUGGAUUGCCUUACACUUACACAACUUGUAACAUGAUUGCAAACCAGCCCCCCCCACCCCCAUCCCUCCUUCACUUUUGACCAAACUGCUCUUUGGAACUGCAAAGUACGUUUUCGAGAGCUGAAAACUACGCUUACCCUCACCAAGGGGUAACCAGGUCUGGUGUUAUAAUGGUGAUAGAUUUGUUGUUUGUUGUGUGUGUCUUUAAGUUCUUUCAUGACUUCCAUAAUUGUACAUAAGUUCAAAGAAUGGUCACAAUUUGUCAUGUGAAAAUGUCAUUGCUACAGGCCGGCGUGAGUGUGAACUUGAACCCCAAGCCACUGCAGACCCUGUACGGACACGACUCAGAGGUGACAGCCGUGCACAUAUCUACCGAGCUGGACCUGGUGGUCUCAGCAUCAAAGGUACCGCUACAAUUAUCUCCCUAGUGCUUUUAUAGGAUGCUCUAAUCCAGGGGUUUCCAACCUUUUUGACUACCUGCUGAGUCCUUUUUUGGAAUCAGUUUCUAUGGUUGAGUCUCGUACGCCUACCCGGUGUCUAACACAAGUGUGUCAAACUCAAUAGCUCGGCGGGCAAAAACUCAAAUCACAUGGAAGGUUUCAGGCCGAACAGGGUGAACUUUAAUAAGCGGAAAAUUAAUCUUUUUUAAAAAUCAUUUAUAUUAAUGAAAAUAGAAAAAAGUUUUAAGAAUUAAAAAUCAUUGGUGUGCCCAUUUUAAUUCUCAUGCCAAUUUGUCAGAGCUGGCACAUUUUCUUGGCUACAAAAACAAGUAAGUUUGUUUAUAAUGGGAGUAACGUUCUGUGUCAUUGAGAUUCUCAAGUGUUCAUCAGUGAGACAACUCGUACAAUCGCUUUUCAUACAAUGAGUUUUCAUGCAAUGAAAGUUGCAUUCUUAAUUUGUAUACUAACACUGAGGUUUGGACCAACCGAAAGGGCGUGGAAAUUAAUUUAUUAAUACUGUAUUUCCUUGACCCUCUUACAAUUAUUUCAGGAGAAAGAAUCUGGGGAACAAAAAGCUUUGUGGGGCGCAAAAUUGCAAGCGUAAAACAGAAAAAGUACGUCAUAAUCGGAAAAAGAGCAGAGUCAUACAGGGGCAGGGAAGGGGCCGCCCGAACAGGUGCAGUUUCCACAUCUAUGACAAAUGGGUAACGAAACAGCUCCAAAUUACAUUUCUGUGCUUCAAAUUCACUAAAGUGAAGUAAGCUAAGUUUUUCAGCAAAGUGUGCGUUGGGAAGCACCAUAGCUUGGACUUGGAUAGAAUUAUAAUCUAAUCAAGUUAAGACCCCACAAGCCUGAUAUAAUUUUACGGCGGGCAUGAUAUACUUGUACGACGGGCCGUGAGUUUGACACAUGUGGUCUAACACCUUUCAUUCAAUUUUUUUAAUUUUAUUUCGUUGAGCAACCCCUGAAAUAACCAAAUUGCGUACUUUUGAAGGUUAUGGUAAAUGUGUGUUCAAUGAAAUAGUACUGUUUUGUUUUCUGUAUCCAUUUAUGGUCAUUAUUUAACUCAACAUAGUUACUUCAGUAAACUCAACAUAGUUACUUCAGUAAACUCAACAUAGUUACCUCAGUAAACUCAACAUAGUUACCUCAGUAAACUCAACAUAGUUACCUCAGUAAACUCAACAUAGUUACCUCAGUAAACUCAACAUAGUUACCUCAGUAAACUCAACAUAGUUAGCUCAGUAAACUCAACAUAGUUAGCUCAGUAAACUCAACAGAGUUACUUUAGUAAACUCAACAUAGUUAGCUCAGUAAACUCAACAAAGUUACUUUAGUUAACUCAACAUAGUUAGCUCAGUAAACUCAACAACGUUACUUUAGUUAAAUCAACAUAGUUAGCUCAGUAAACUCAACAAAGUUACUUUAGUAAACUCAACAUAGUUAGCUCAGUAAACUCAACAUAGUUAGCUCAGUAAACUCAACAUAGUUACCUCAGUAAACUCAACAUAGUUAGCUCAGUAAACUCAACAAAGUUACUUUAGUAAACUCAACAUAGUUAACUCAGUAAACUCAACAUAGUUAGCUCAGUAAACUCAACAUAGUUACCUCAGUAAACUCAACAUAGUUAGCUCAGUAAACUCAACAAAGUUACUUUAGUAAACUCAACAUAGUUAGCUCAGUAAACUCAACAAAGUUACUUUAGUUAACUCAACAUAGUUAGCUCAGUAAACUCAACAAAGUUACUUUAGUUAACUCAACAUAGUUAGCUCAGUAAACUCAACAAAGUUACUUUAGUAAACUCAACAUAGUUAGCUCAGUAAAUUCAACAUAGUUACCUCAGUAAACUCAACAAAGUUACUUCAGUAAACUCAACAUAGUUACCUCAGUAAACUCAACAUAGUUACUUCAGUAAACUCAACAAAGUUACUUUAGUAAACUCAACAUAGUUAGCUCAGUAAACUCAACAAAGUUACUUUAGUUAACUCAACAUAGUUAGCUCAGUAAACUCAACAAAGUUACUUUAGUUAACUCAACAUAGUUAGCUCAGUAAACUCAACAAAGUUACUUUAGUAAACUCAACAUAGUUAGCUCAGUAAACUCAACAAAGUUACUUUAGUAAACUCAACAUAGUUAGCUCAGUAAACUCAACAAAGUUACUUUAGUUAACUCAACAUAGUUAGCUCAGUAAACUCAACAAAGUUACUUUAGUUAACUCAACAUAGUUAGCUCAGUAAACUCAACAAAGUUACUUUAGUUAACUCAACAUAGUUAGCUCAGUAAACUCAACAAAGUUACUUUAGUUAACUCAACAUAGUUAGCUCAGUAAACUCAACAAAGUUACUUUAGUUAACUCAACAUAGUUAGCUCAGUAAACUCAACAAAGUUACUUUAGUUAACUCAACAUAGUUAGCUCAGUAAACUCAACAAAGUUACUUUAGUUAACUCAACAUAGUUAGCUCAGUAAACUCAACAAAGUUACUUUAGUAAACUCAACAUAUUUAGCUCAGUAAACUCAACAUAGUUAGCUCAGUAAACUCAACAUAGUUACCUCAGUAAACUCAACAUAGUUAGCUCAGUAAACUCAACAAAGUUACUUUAGUAAACUCAACAUAGUUAACUCAGUAAACUCAACAUAGUUAGCUCAGUAAACUCAACAUAGUUACCUCAGUAAACUCAACAUAGUUAGCUCAGUAAACUCAACAAAGUUACUUUAGUAAACUCAACAUAGUUAGCUCAGUAAACUCAACAAAGUUACUUUAGUUAACUCAACAUAGUUAGCUCAGUAAACUCAACAAAGUUACUUUAGUUAACUCAACAUAGUUAGCUCAGUAAACUCAACAAAGUUACUUUAGUAAACUCAACAUAGUUAGCUCAGUAAACUCAACAUAGUUAGCUCAGUAAACUCAACAGAGUUACUUUAGUAAACUCAAGAAAGUUACUUUAGUAAACUCAACAUAGUUACUUCAAUAAACCCAACAAAAUUACUUCUAUAAACUUUUUGUUGAUUUAUUCAUAAUUUCCCCAGGAUGGAACGGUCAUUCUUCACACUGUACUGAAAGGUCACUAUACCAUGACCUUGAGAGCACCCUCGCAACUUGGCUGGACACUGGACAUCCCUCUGAUGGCUGUCUCGGACACUGGUCAGAUUGUGCUGUACUGCGUGGAGAUGGAGAAGCAGGCAGGAGAGGGGAGAAAGAGGCAGCAGGUUGGUGGUUAAUGGUGCGCUUGUGAAUGACCGUCCACGAAACAAUUUGCCAAAACAAAAACAUUUGUAUUUAAUUCUUCCAUUCCAAGAAACACUUUGCUUUCUAUAUUUGUUUACUCAUUUAAUUCCAAGAAAAACUUUGCCUGCAUUAUCAUAUUUAUUUUUUUAUUCAAGAAAACCUUUGUCUUUAACAUAUAUAUUAUAAGAUCUAUAUUACUUGCUCUGUUGCAAGAAUGAAUGGGUUUCCCCUUUUUGUAUUUAUUUGUUUAUUACCUGGGAAAGCUUGGCCUCCUACUAGUAUUUUCUUGUUUAAUUCCAGGAAAGACUUUGCCUCCAUUUGUAUUCAGUCAAUGGCAAACAUUUGUUCAGUGAACCGCUCAAGUACAGCCUGGGAGACUUGUGCAUGUCUGGGGACCACCUCAUCCUGGGCAACACGGCAGGUCAACUCGUAGUCAUGGAGAUCUUUGGGUAAGUGGGUCAUUAUGGAUUGAGCUAUUAAAAUGGUGAUCUUCUGGCAAGUGGGUUAGUGCAGGGCAAUUCAUUAUUAUGGAGAUCUUUGGUAAGUGGGUCAAUGCGGGUCAACCCGUUAUUAUGGAGAUCUUUUGGUAAGUGGGUCAACUUAUUAUUAGGGAGAUCUUUGGGUAAGUGGGUCGGUUCAGGUGAGCUCAUUAUUACAAGAGGGGGGCUUAUUUAGGUAUGUGGGUCAAUGCAGCGUGACUCAUUGGCUCUGCUUUUAUCUUUUGGCUGCCGUAGUUAACUUGUUUUAUAAGAACCACACUAAGCUCAUCAAAGGAGAAGAUUUUUUAAAGUGAUUUAAAUAUUUCUUUUGUGUGCUGAUUAAAUUGAUUAAUUUAAGUGAUUAAUUUACUAAUUGAAUGACAUUUGAAAGGUCUGAUUAAGUGAUCAAUUUGAAAGAUCCACUUAAUUGAUCACUUGAAAAGUCCGGUGAUGUGAUCAAUUUGAAUGGUCCAGAUAAGUGAUCUCUUUGAAAAUUCUGGUGAAGUGAUCACUUUGAAAGUUUCUCUUAAGUGAUCACUUUGAAAGGUCCGGUUAAGUGAUCACUUUGAAAGGUCCGUUUUAAGUCAGUGAUUCUCAACCUCCCUAAUGCUGCGACCCUUUAGCACAGUUCCUCAUGUUGCGGCGACCCCAAAUCACAAAAUUAUUAUCGAUGCUGCUUCAUAACUGUAGGGUAGAUGUGUUUUCCGAUGGUCUUAGACGACCCCUCUGAAAGGGUCGUUCUACCCCCAAAGGGGUUGCGACCCACAGGUUGAGAACCGCUGGGUUAAGUGAUCAAUUUUGAAGUUGUAAAUUUAAGUGAUGUGUUGCAGUAAUCAGUUUAAACACUGUGUCAUGUUUUAUGAGUUGUCCCAUAACGUUUCUGUGAAAUAAUUGGACCAUCAUCCCCCAUCAGGUUGAGACCCAUCACAACCAUGGACCUCUUGGUGCCCAUUCAGUGUGUCACUCUAUCCAACGGCAGCAGUCACAUCCUCGCCGGGCUCAAGGACGGCAAGCUCAUCAUUGUGGGCAACAAGGGCAAGUGAGAUUACCGGAGGCCGGUCUGGUGGCAGACAUCUGAGGCUGGUCUUGUGGCAGACAUUUCAGUACAGAGGCUUAGUUUGAGCGGUUGCGCAGGGAAAUGAGAAUGGAACAAUUUUUUUUGGUGAAAACAUGUGAUUUUCUUUCAUAAGUGAUUUAAAGGAGGACGUACAAAAUUGUUGUGUGAUGUGAAGGUACACUGGUCAACUCUAGAUUGAACCAUGAAGCUUGAACUAUUUUGGUUCAACUACUAUUAUCAUUAUUGUUAAUAGGAUUGUGCUGCUAAAUUUGUACAUAGAUUAUUUCUUGUUGACAGUUUACGGUCUAAACACCAUGGUAAAAAAAGUAAUUUAACUAACCAGCACGUCCACUGUUUGUGCUAAUAUGUCCAGCUAAUAUGUCCAGCUAAUAUGUCCAGCUAAUAUGUCCAGUCUGUGACAACUUGAUGGAAGUGUUGGCACAGUGGUAAAGUCAGCUUUGUAAAAGCACAUUUCAAAGCUACAAUCUGUGUACGAUGCAGGUUGAAUAUGCUGUUAAGCUUAGGUGAUAAACAUUAUUUCCUUUCACAUGACACUGUAACAUCAACUGUGAUUUAUGUAUAACGUUGUCAUGACAGCUGCUUUGUUUGUAAGCUUCAGUGUUUGGUUCCUGUUUGGAAGCCAUUGAACCGAAUCCUGAACGGCUAGUGCAAUAUCCUUACUCCGUCAGCGGGUGGCAACUCAUCUUGUCCUGGAGCUCACCCCCCCUACCUUCCCCCACCCUUCCACCUCCUUAAUGUCUGUGGACAGCAGGUUGUGAAUCCCUGACCUGGAGAUAUCAUUGUGAGCCGUUAAAUUUCAUGUAACAGUUCCUGCUGACCGCUGUCCGUGGUCCAAUAUUUAUUAUUUACUUUUAAAAAACAUACCUUUUGUGGGUGUGCCUGAUGAGUUGUUGCUAAAUAAAUAAAUGCUUUCAUAAUUUAAUUAUACACAAAUGUACUUUAUUUGUUGAACGCGUGUUGAUACAAAACCGUGUAUGAAUUUGUACUACAUGACCACAUCACUUUGUGAUUUUUGUUUUAAAAAAUGGGUUGGUUUGUUUGCUGCAAUGUGGAUGAACACGCUUCCGGGCGACCCGCAUUUGCAUUAUUUAAAACUUGCUCUUUUCUGCACUGGGUUGUCUUGUCUUGUUUUUUUCACAAUGUUUUAAUUUAUAUUUAAUGUAUGUCCCAGAGAAAUUAUUUUACCCAUUGACCAAGCUAUUACGCAGGAAAAGAUUGAUUUACUAGUUCAUCUUGUGGGACCAAUUUGCCCUCUGAAAAUAAUCAUGUAACCAAAACAAAGGAUGUUAAUCAGCAGCGGACAUGAUACGUCACAUCAAAGAACAAAAACGACUCAGUUACUUCAUCUAUUAAUACCCUUUUAUUUCUUUUCUUGUUAUGUGUUACAAUAUGAGUGUGUAACAUAAUUGUCCAAAUAUUUAUUAUCUUCCUUCCUCUUUUUUUUUAUUCUCUCCCCUUUAACAUACUCAAGUGUACAAGUUGAAUUUAAAUUAUUUAUAUUUAUUCCAGCUUGGCCAGUGGCUCUACCACAAAUGUUAAUUUAUAAUGAAAUGGUCUGACUCUGUUGUAUUAAGUGGUUUGCGACAGCUUUAUUGUUUUUUUGUUUUUUUUUAAAGAGCCAAACAAGAUUGAUACACGCAAACUGUUAAGAUAGAAAUGUUUCUCUAAAAUGCAGGAAAAUAACCAUAGAAAAAAAAAGGAAUGUGAACCAAAAAGAAAAAUUACAUUUUUAAAAUUACAAUACUAUAAAAAAGAGAUAACUUUUUUCUAGGGUUUAUUGAGAGAUUAUACUUCAGUAUGUAAAUGUAAAACAAUGUCUACAUAGCAACAAAGAAGGAUUUUACCUAGGACUUGAUUCUGUUCUUUACUAACUUCAGUCAUGUGUCAAGAAAGACAUGUGUCAAGACAUGAUAAUUUCUGACUUAUAUAUUGGUUUAUCAGCAAAUGUCCUUAUGAUGCUCUAUGUCAGGCCUGCACAACUCAAAAUGUUAGAAGGGCCGUAAUACUUUAUGAAAAACUGGUGCGGACCAAAAGAAAAUAGGACAGGACUUGUGCGGGCCAGGGGGGAAGCUAUAAAGAAAAUAAUAAGAAUAAAGAAUAUUUCGUUACUUCGCGGGCCGCAAAGUGGGUGCUGGUGGACCGCAUGCGGCCCUCAGGCCGUAUGUUGUGUAGGCCUGCUCUAUGUUAAUGUGAAAUUCUUUUUAUUGUGAAUACUAGUCUAGUCAUGGUUAGAGUAGAGAUUGAUUAUGUAACAUAGGAACAAAGGUCGCCUGAUGAAG